CGACCUGUACUUAUGUGUGAAUCCAGUGAAAUGGGAGAUUACAUCAAUGCAGUGUUAACACCGGUAAUUAAAGAUAGAUCUGUUCAAAGUUCAUAGACCUACAACGCCUUCUGUAAGACAUAAUGUAUUAAAAUGUAUAGAAAGAUUAAGUUCAAUUCUAAUAAGCGUCGUGUUAAAUUAUAAAUAUAUUUCAAUAUUUCAAUGUUUUACAGCUCAAGUAUAAAAUAAUUAUUAUAUUUUAUGUGUUGCAUAUUUCAGAAUUUCAGAAAAAGGAAUCAAGAUAUCAUCACACAACUUCCACUCCCAACAACAGUGGUGGACUUCUGGCGUCUCAUUACUCAAAUGAAAGUUUCCUUAGUUGUUGCAUUUGAUGAGGAGUUGCAGGCCAUAGAUUCCGUAAUUAGAAUUAAAAUGUUUAAAUUAAUUUUCAAUCCAUUGAUCUGUAAAUAUAUAUAUUCUUAGAUGAGUUGCCGACCAAGAUUAACGAGUCUCAUCCACCCGUGGUGAUGUUUUUGCUUGACCCGGAGUUGGAGUCCCGUAGGGCGCAUACAAUGACAAUUCCUGCAACCGUGCCCAUACCUGGUCGUCUUUACGUAGAGUCUUGCCACCGGAUAUGUUGGGCCCGGACGAGAGAGUGAGGUUGACGCCGCGCAACUCUUCCUCACUAUAAACAAAAGUCACUAGCGCAAGUCAUCAGUCACUGGACGACUCGAUGGUCAUCGUCGAUCCUCGACGGACGAGCAACAUAUAUAUAAUAUAUUUAUAUGAUUAGCUUUGUGUUAGUCAUGAGAUUUACUUUUAAAAAAUAAAUCAAUUUUCGUGCUCACUUCCACAAAGUUAUGCCAUAGAAUGUCUUUUUGAAGAAGUUUUUGGUCCCAAUAAUUUCAUGAACUAUUUAUGUUUCUACUAGAAUGCUAAUAAGAGAAGUCUGUACAGCUAAAAUUAUAGUGUUUUUUUUGUUGUUUUUUUUUUAAAUUUAUUAUUACGAAAAAAAAAUCCUUAUGUUUCAAGUCUCCCUGUCUCUCUCUAAUGAUUUUGUCUGUGUCUGCCCUAACAGUCGUGUUCUAAUCACCCACUGCAAACUCUAGCUAUGUCUCUAUCAGACUGCAUGUGUGAAUUGUCUCUAAUGGCGUCUGAGUUGUCAUCAAAUGUUUAGACAUCUCUAAAUCGAAAACCAAAUCAUAAUAUUAUAUUAAUUGAAGAAAUGCUUUAAGAAUUGUAUGAUAUGCCGAUCUUGUAACGUAUUCAAAUUCAAAACCUGAUCAAACUACUAACAUAUUCUAAACUAAAUAAUAGUACUAACAUAUCAAAAACUAGAUCAAACUACUAAGAUAUUUAAAAGUAUAUCGUUAAACUUAAUCUCCUGCUAUUCUUAUACUAAACGAGGUUUUUAGAGACUACAAAUUAGAUGUCUAAAUUAGAAUCUAAUUUAUCCACCAAUACCUGUAUUUUUAUUAUUUGAUCUCCUGUAUAAUGAGAAACUAUUAGAAAGUUUAUUCCCAUUAUUAUAUUCUAAUUAUGAAAUAGACAAUAGGCGAGUAUCUGCCAAUCAGUGACAAAGAAAAAGCCAGCUUUCCUCCAUUUCAAGUUUGCAUGGGAACAUUGCAUCAAGGCUCUGACUGGGAAGAGAGAAAGCUGAUUGUAAAUGGAUCAAUGGUAGAUAAUAACAUUUAAAAGAUAAUUUAAUAGUUUCUGCUGACAUAAUUAUAUGUUAAAAUAGUAUCCACAGUACGGAAUGAGACUAACACGCUAUACAUGACACAUAUAAACAAGGUUAAAAUGUUUCUUAACAGAAUUAUGACCAAAAAUAUCACCCCGAGAAAAAUCCUAAGUGUAAUAACAAAACAUAUUGUUUUAUUUUAAAAAACGAUUUUAUGCGCCUUUUGUUUUCAUUUCCUCCUUGUGCACGCCCCUGAUUAUUAUUUACAUUCCUGUGUCAUGUAUCUCUGUUCUCAACCAUAAUGCCUGCAGCAUCACAUGAAUUUUUAUUUUAGUUUUGUUUAAUUGAAACUUUUAUAAAGGGCGCAGAAGAGCACAGCCUCAUUCACCUCAGAUAUACACACAAUGCCACAGAUCCCAAGAAAUUGUUGUCAUUUCUCAAGCAUGCAAGGACAUCUAACUCUGAACAGGAGGCCAGAGUUUUAUACAUGUGCAGGUGCGUAGAGAAUAAAUCUGUUUUAAAAAGUAUUGAUACAGCUUCAUUUAUUAAAAUGAAUGCAACUAUUAUUAUAAUAUUAGAAAUAACCUUCGCUAUUCUCUUUCCAACAACAAGUGUAUCCAUAUAAAACGUCGAUUUGUAUUUUACAGAAACGGUGCAACCUACAGUGGUCUGGCCUGUGUCUUGACUCUCCUACUGGACAGAAUGGACAAUGACCACCGCCUGACUGUUCCACUUGUCGUUGGUGCCAUUAAGACUAUCCGUCCUCAAGUGAUCCCAACAGUGGUAAUUUUAAAUUUACAGAACGAUCUUAACAUAUCUAAUGAUUAUACCUAAGACUGUUUAAUUAUAUGAAUGUAUGAAAUAAUAGUUAAUAUAAACAGUAUGGAAUUUAAUCAGAAUUUCACAUCAAACAUGGCUUAACGGGCUUACAAACUAAACAUUUAUUGAUAGCGCAUGCAUUUUCUAAUCCAUUCUGAUUAGAUAAAUUAUGGAAAGUGUCCCUACUUGAAAUUAAAUUGAAAUAUGUCGUUUAAAUUUUUUAAUGAAGAUGUCAAUUUAUCAAAUUCUUUUAAGAUAAAAUAUUUUAAUAACACAAAUAGCGGUAAAUUUAAGAUUAUGUUUUUAACAAUAUUUAGAGAAACAAAGUUGGAAUUCAAGGCCACGACAAAUGGAAAAUCUAAAGUAUUUCUCUGCCGUAGAAAUUAAAUCAUCCCUUAAUUAACUUCUUUAGUUAACAAAAGUGAUAUAAUUAGUGAAAAUUUAGAUUGGGUAAUUAAAGCUCAUAUUUAGAGGGGAAAAUGUAGUUUAGGGGCGUGAAAGAGAGUAGGGUAGGCGUAUAAUAUGUAGCGGAUAAAUACUUCUCUAAACUUAAUGAUGUUAGAAACUUAAAUAUCUUUACUUAGAUACCACUUUCUAACGAUUGGAAUUGUGAUGAGGUUUUGCAAUAGCAGGAAGAAACCAUCGGAAUAAACCUACCAUUAUUAUGCCGAUAACAUCUGGCCAUUUAUUCAAGUUAUUCAUAACUUGUUAAUUCCAAUAUUUAAAAAUUAAAGAAAUUUUAAUAUAAUUUUUUUUUAAAUUACACCAAAUUUAGAUAUUAACCAAUGAAAGUAUUUUUGAGACUGGAGCCUUAUUUAAAUUUUAAUGUGCCAUAAAUGUUGUAGUCUUUAAGUAGAUAACUAGGAUCCACCAACGUGCUAGGAGGUUUAAGAUGAUCCUUUCAAGUUUCUCAAAAUUUCUAGAUGGUCUUAAAAUUUAUUGAAGCGUAUGCGUGAGUCCACAUAGCUCUAUAAAUGUUUUCGACUUUCUGGAAAUAAUCUAGGCAUCAAGUCAAGUUUAAAUUUCCGUGAAAUUUUGAUUUCAUUUGAUAAGUUUUAUUAGAUUAGGGCAACUUACCUACAGACAGAUGCAUGUAUAUUUAUCUGGAAUUUUCUUAAACAUAAUUAAGAGACGAUGCACCAACUCAUAUUUUUUUCCUAUUAAGUUCAACAUGAUUUAACGAAAAACAAUAAAUUAAAGUAAAUUUUUUUUUUUUUUUUUUUUUUUUUUUUUUUGUUUUUUUUUUUUUUUUUUUUUUUUUUUUUUUUGGUAUUAUUUUAACUUUCGGAGAAUAUCUUGAGUCUCAAGUAUUCAAAUCUAUGAAAUACUUGAAUUUUCUAGUUUUAGACACUAGUUUUAUAACUUUAAAUUGGACUAUGAAAUAAUGAAAUAGAUUUAUAGGUAAUUCAGAACAUUUUAAUUUGUUACUUAAGUUCUUAAUCAUCGUAGUAUUUUCUCACUGACAUUUAUUAUGGUUUUGUGAGCCUAAAACAUAUUUUUUUUAAAGUGCUAGAUUGUGUUAUGAUGGUACAGAAUAAUAUUACCUUUUUUUAUUGGCACUGAUUUUUUUCUAAUUUUUCGUAUAAGAAGAUUUAUUGUAUAGCCUUAGUUUCUUAAUGUUUUAAAAAUAUUUACAACAUUGUAAAAACAUUUUGUAAAAUAAUUACAAAUAGAUGAAGAGUAUACUCGUUCUUUCUGUUGUUUUUUAAAAUUAUGUUUCUUUUUUUUUCACUACUAGCAAAAAUGUUAAAACUUUUCAUUACAGCACAAUAAUUUUAAUGAUCUGUGCAAUUUCAGGAGCAAUACAAAGUUCUUUAUCAGGUUCUCCAAAGAUAUAACGAGACAAACAGCGUUUACUUCAACUUUAAUGAUCCCAAGCUCUCAGUUCCUUCAAAUGGUGACGACAAAGACGAUUUAGGAAAUGUUGGGAAUGAAGGCACAUUGUACGCCAAUGCAAAGCUUUAAGUGCUGGAAUUAGAUCUAUUUAUUUUUAAAUAGGUCAACACUACGAAAAUAAUUAAAUUUUUAUAAACAAUUAUAUCUCAUUAUAACUAUAUAUAUUAACAGCAUAGCGGGCUUAUAAUUUUUGUUUUAUUUCCAAAAACAAUAAUAAUCUCUACUUUCCAAGGGCUAUGUAAAUUAUACAUUUUUAUGUUUUGAAAUAGCAGCUUUUACCUUAUUUUUAAAAAAAAUGUUGCUUGACAACGCUGUGUAGGUUCACUGUUACACAAUCACACUUGGUCCACACUUAGGUGCAACAGCAACGCUCAAUAAAAAAUAAUUAAAACGUCUUUAUUUUCAAGAUCCUAUCACAGCAACUACCAGUUCACAAUACGUUCUCCAUAAAAAUCCUCACCAUACUGACAUUUUUACCAAGAGGACUCUUGUCUCAAUGACUAAAGUGAACUUGCAUCUUAUCAUACAGCAACAAUAACCCACUUGCUUAUCUAUCGAUAAUAACUCAACAAACUGCCCUUCCAUAUCGUGACUUAUCACAACUCACCCUAAAAAAAAAGACAUUCUCCAACUUAUGAUUAAAAAACGUUAUACACAAGCUAUCCCACUUACAAAUCCAGUUUAUAGCAUUUGUAAUAAUCUAAAUUGGUUAGAAAAAUAUUUUUUUUCGUUUACCUCUUAGUGGGAAUUUGUUAAAUUAAUUAAUAUGGUCAGUCCAAAGCACAGCAGAGCAUAUAUUUUUAAGAAGAAAUAUCUAUAUGGAAAUAUGUUUGGCACUUUUACAAAGUUAAUUUGGUUAUAAAUGUGUAAUAUUUGAUUUAUAACAGAAGAACACGUGUUUUAUAUUGCUUUUUUAUGAAGUCAUUCAACAUUUAUUAUCUCUCACUCAAUUCCAUUACGAUACAUAUUGCUUUUGUAAAAUAGCAUUAAAGCACAUUUAAUCAACAUUUAUGAGCUAAAACAUUCUAAUUAUUUUAUAGCAUUUUGUUCUUCUUUACAAUGUUUAACCUUAACUUUGUUUAUUUUGAUCAGACUUUCUGUAUUUCAGAGUUAACACUGUUUUUAAGCUUGGGAAUGUCGUUUAGAAAGGUUCGUUACCUAGAACAAACAUCUCUGAUGUAAGUUAAAUAUUAAAAGACUAAAUACAUUUCAACGUUACUUAAAUGUGAAUUUAAAAAUAGAACAAUUUAAAGCAUCUUAUCGGUAAUGGCUGUCUGGGGAAAUUAUAGAAAACUCAAUCAAAAACGUGUUUGAUAACAACUGGAAAAUAUAAAUUUCUUUGGCGAUGUUUAAAUAUUUCCAUAGUUUAUAUAAAUGUAAUGACACUGAACAUAAGAAGUAACAAAUACUACUGAACUAUAAUUUAUUUGAAAAAUUUGUAUAAUUUUUGUAAAGCUUAAAUAACAAUGCAAAUGUGUUUAAUAAAGAGUAAGUUGCACUGUAAAAUCGGUUUCGUGCCCUCUCAUUUUUCUUUCUCUCAGUUGCAAAAAAUAACUUCAUGAAUUAAUGUGACAUAAAUAUAUUUAAAAGUUGGUUUAUAUAUAAUGAUAUUUAUUCAUUUGAUUCUUGAAAAAAAAGACAUUAUACAACUUUAUUUUUCUCCUAAUUUUCUUUCUUUAUUUCAAAAUACUCAUUUGACUUCUGAUGGUAGUGUUAUUAAACAGUAUUAUUUCCAAAUAAAAGAAUAAUUUAUUGUAUAAUUAAUUUACUAAAUAAAACACGACAUUCCUUAUAACACAAACUCACUGCAUUUUCUGUGUUUAAUCGGUUGAGCCGUGGUACCAUCCUUCCUUAUUCAAGACUUCUUGCACAAAAUAACGUAUAUCAUAGCUUGUCUCCCCUGAAUACUCACUGUUAACAAAGUUUGCUCCAGACCAUUACAGAUGAGGCAGACAAUUCGGUGUUCAGUGUGGUAGUUUUCUUAUUAAGUUAAGCAAUUUACAGAAAUGUAACUUCAUCAGUCUAGCAAGGAGAGAGGCUAUUCUCUAAUUAUUUUAAAAUGUUUAUUCAGUGGAGACAUCGCAUCUGUCAAACUGCAGGAAACAUAAAACAUUUGACAUUGGAAAAGCAAAGUAUCCUCAUAAAAGAGGACCGAUUAUAUUCUUAAAAUUUACCCUCUUUGUAUAUAUAUAUUGACCAGCAGGCUAUAAUUUGUUUCUCAUAAAAUAAGACGCAAUUUCACCUCGAAUGUUACGGUCCAAAAUAAGUUUAACAAAUUUAAUCUGUAGCAUUUUUUAAAGUUUCCUUAUUAUAUGAAGAAUACGUAGCUAUGGGCUGAAAAUCGGUAUACAAAGAAAAACAGAUACCUAAGCUAUUGAUAUUUCUAAUAUUCAAUUUAAGUAUACUAUUAACUUUAUAUAAUAAUACCAAAACGAAAUAUGCAGAAAUAAAAACUAUUCAAAAUUAAAAAACAGCGAAUGAAAAAGUAUAAAUAUAAAAAUUUACAAAUUUUAAUCCAUACACACAAACAGUGAACAUCUAGUAAGUCUUGUAAGGACUCCUUUAAGUGUGAUGAUUCUCGUUUUUAAGUCUGCCUGUAACAGUCGACCGUCCUAGUAGUGGAGUAAAAAUAAAAAAUUUAAGAUUCAAUAGCCAGAGAGUAUGUUACCAUCUAUGUAUAGCAAUGUAGACCAUUCUGAUAAUGACGACAAACUUUUCAAAUUAAAAGCGAUGGAGUAAGGGACUAGAACAACCUAUUGGUGACGUAAAAAAAAUAAAAGGGGUGGGGGUAAGUUUGCUAACCACAACAUGUGGUCAACACAUGGGGUAUAACAACUUCCGUCUUAAAAUAAUAAGAAUUUACAUUUUUUUUAAACGGAAUUCUUUUUAGUUAAAUAUUAAUAAUGAAAAUAAAACAAAAAAAUUUUCCUUUACACAAUUUUUUUUUUAAUUGCUUAAAAAAACUACAAGGUGUAUCAAGAGAAAGGAAUAUAAGAUGCAACAUACUUUUCUAAUAAUGGUAAUUUUCUUAGUGUCGCAUUCAAGUUGGCCAGAAUCUCUGAUAUACAUACUCUUAAAGUACUCCAUUGUGUGUCGAUGGCAUCGACGUAUCUUUUAAAAGUUUAUGGGGCCCUCAAACCGUAUGACCAAACGCCAGUUCAAAGGGGCCGAGUCCAAGUGAUUAUUGAACUGCUUCACUGGUGGCGAACAGUAGCAAGCUGAUUCCUUUAUCCCAGAAUUUCUUUUGUUCUAGGCAAUACGUUCUCACCAUAUUCUUUAGUGUUUAUUAAAAUCACCCAAGUACCCUCUACGAUUCAAGAUAGUAUGCGCCCUACAAGCAGUGCUGAAUUCCUAGGUGGUUUAUCAACUUGUUAUAAAAAUUCCAGCCUUAUAUUUGGUUCCUUAUUUAGACAGUACCGACUUCGAAGUAGAAACAAUAUUUUUAAAAAUUCCUUAGUGUUUUGACCAUGUUCGGAGGCUUGAUAUUGAGAAGAGGAAUACCUUCUGGAAAAGAUUUUGAUUUCGUCUUUGCAGUGAUACAAAGCAGUCUAGUGUCACGCGAAUUAAAGAAACUUCAAACGCUAAAAUUGUUUAAAGAAGAUUAUCUUGUAUAUUCUGAUUUGAUUUGCCUUCUACGUGACUUCUUUCUUAAUUUUAGGCCAAAAAGUGCGAGGGUAAUUUGUUAUGAGUCUCCUUGACUCAAAAAUGACCUAAAAAGGCUGAUGCUUGGCCGAGUUCAGUAUGUCGUCCAGAAAAUAGAGAGACUCUAUGAUUUAAUGAACUAUCCUCCAUUCAUUGUCAGCUGCUGUGUGUGGAGGUCGCCAUUUUCUCUUAAGUAUCUCAACUUGUAGUUAGUACCAUAAAUGAACACAAUCAACUUUUUCUCGGUUCAAAGCGUUGUCACAAUUUAGCAAUGUCUGUAUCGUUCUUUUGCUCUUUGAGAAUCUGCGUAUGAUUUGGUCAUUUGUGAUUAUUUAUGAAACAGGUGGUCACUGUACUAGCCGGAGCUUAAAGAGCCGAAGGUCACAAGCCCUUACCAGAAAAUGUUUCUUAGUAAUAUAAUGCACUUCUAGUUACUUUUACUCAGGCUCCACCUCCUUUCCGGUGUAACAUCGGUCAGCUUUCCUAUGAUUGUUAGACCCGAAUUCUCAUGUCCAGCGUUUCAUGAUCCUCAUUGUAGCGUACCGCUACGAUGCUGAGAUGAUACAUAAAUAAUUUACAAAAGAAGUUACAAAAGCUUGCCUAUUACACACUGUAGCGUGUAAUAUUUUACGAUCUCUUAACCUAGAUCAGCCAUUGCCAAACAGUUUUCAUCAAAACACCAUGAUUUCACAAAUUCCUCGUAAGGGUUCCAAAAUAUAAAAAAAAUCAAUGAUAACACGAAUUAAAUUAAAACCCACUUGAGACCAAGAAAUCGUUCUUAAGUUGGAAGCAAAAUAGAACAAGUCAUUAGUUCCUGGAACUACAAGGGAAAGGGAUGUGAAGGCAGCUAUUGAAACUGUGAGGUUUUUUAUGUAAAGAAUAUAACAUAAGAUAUUUGUCAACAAGUUCAUGGUAAAUUAAAGAGGGUUAAACUUUGUUUAUACGAUUUCAAACGUAAGAGACGUAUGAGAAUAAAUUCACUCAAAAAUCGAAAUAAAGAGAGCUAAAGUUUUUAUGCUUAUAUGAGGUGGUAAGUAUCUGUGGUUUUUAUUUGCAUAAUUUUAGUAAAAGUAAAAGGUUUUAUAGAUCUAAAAAAUAAUAAUAAUGUUUUAAAAAUGUAUUAAUUUGCAUUUGAAAACAAUAAGAUGUAAUGUGUUUUAAAGAUGUUAUAUUUUACAUUUGAAUGCGUACAUAUUUAUUCAUGUAUUUAUUUAUUUUUUGCUUUUAUAGCCUACUGGGACAGCCAAUCUUUGAAUAACAAACCUGUGAAUGAUAAAAAAAACCUAAACUGUGGCGUUUUAGACUCUUUUAAUUAACAGUUUAUCCACACUACAACUCUCUACUGUGUGUUUACAUUAGAAUGUAAUGUGAUGGUGUACCUUUCCUUUAAGCGUAUACCAACUUUUGGUCAGAGACCUAACUUACAAGAGAGUGAAACAAAAUAGUAUUGUUAAAGUUAUGAAGACUUAUAACUGCAUCAUGUUUUAUAUGAAAGGAAGAAGAAAUUGUUAAAAUAAAAUAGAUUUUUUGUUACAUUGUUUGCUUUCUUGUAAAAAUAACGAGUUUCAAAAAAUAAAAAAUUGUUUGGUAUUAAAAGUCAUUGUUUAUUGAAUUGGUAAGAAGAUGUCACUUCAGAUUUACCUGUUCCAUUGCUGUCUCUGAUUAGUUCUUUAUAUUUAUAAUUUAAGGCCACGUGUGUUUAAAAAUGCAUUAAUAUCUUAUUAAAGAUAACAAUGACAUUAAUUCUAAAUUAAAUUAAAUAUUAAAAAAAUGGAUGUCAGGUUUUGCCUUUUGGGUCAAUGUUUAUUUUUAAUUUGAUGGAACACUUCAGUCCCGUCAUACAAAUCUUGGUAACAUUGUCGUGUAAAGGUAAAUGUAUAAUUGCUUUGUCUUAAACUUGGAUAAAACAAAAACAGUACUAUUUUGUUACGUUAAAACGAUUUUAAAAUAGAGGUGGGUUAAGCUGAAAAACAAUCAGACUGUAUAGACAGGUCUGCGAUACAAACUGCUAUUCACAAUCCAACAGUUAGCAAAAACCCCAGUACAUUCCCAAAAAACAGAAAUUCAGGAAAUAUGUUAAAAAGAAAAUGGACGAAUCUGAAAACGGGAUGCAACAAAGCAACGUGGACAGAGUUUCACAUUGAUUCACUGGGCUCGUAAAUUUAAAAAAAAUAUUAAAAAACUUGAGGAUUUCCUUAUCUGACAUUGAAAAUUUAAAUGAUUUUUAUCACUGCUUUGUUUCCAAAUGAGACAACGUUUAUGAUUUAUAGAAAAGCCCUGCAAGAAAUGUUUAUCUUUUGGCAAAAAGUUGAAUUAACUACUGUUAUUUAUAGUAUCCCCUACCUAUCUUUGACAGAAACGGACUCUGACAUAAGAGAAAAAUAUUCACCUACGAGAUGAGUUUCUAGGGCGAGCAGAUAAUGCAAAAGAAAGGACCACAGUGGGAACCCGAAAGUUAGACAAAUUAAUGGUGCCAUCGUAAUGGCCCAACAAAUAAAUUAUUUGGAUAUGCGACCUGGUCAGAAUGUCUGUGCUGGAAUGAAAGUUUACAUUAGCAGGCCCUCCGAUAUCAGGGCCAGAGGAAAACCUCACGUUCAGUGGAUUGACCCUGAAAAUCCACAAAUAACUUCAAUCCGUCAACUAUACCUCCUCGGUAACAGUUGGCUGAGGAAGGAUAAAAGUAUCUGUAAUGUAUUGUAUGAUUGUAUAUGCUGAACACUCUUAAUUUACUUAUCAUUUAUAGCUGUAUCCAUGUAUCCUGCUUUGCGGUUACUGAUAAUUAUUGAGAUAAUUAUUUAUGUGGAAGCAUGGGAUAAGUCAGAUGUGGUGACAUCACUAUAUUUUAUUCACACAAUACGUUUUACAAAAAUGAGAAAUAAAUCUCGAGGUUGGAGUAAAAAUAAUUGUCAGGCUCUUAUACACUUCACGUAUUAUAUAUUACACUCUAAUGGGCGAUAGCUAGUCCGAUGCUAUGAGAUAUUUCUUUACCAUGUUCAAAAAUCACUUCCUCUCGUAGUGUGCAUGACAUUUCAAUAUAAAACUUUGUGUUAAUACUAAAUUACGCGACAAAAUGUAUCGUAAUAAUUGAGCUGUUAGAGUAUCCAUUAUAUUUAAUUUUCAUGAAAGAUUAUUGUGAAACUUGAUUUAUAAACCCAAUAUAUAUUAUUUUAUGAACUGAUAAAAAUUUGACAACAUAAGUUGGAACUGUAUUUUAGUUUUGAAUUUGUCUUCUUGCUUUUGAAAUGAAAACAAUACAACUGUCUUUACUGCUUAUCACUAGAAUCGGGUUGUUGUAAACUUAGUGAUCGCUAGCAUCAAGUCAUUAAACACCCUUAUUUCUGCAGUAAAUAAAAUCUAACCUAAAGCUCUUAAUUGUCGCCUUUUAUGGAAGGUCUUCCUUGAUAAUAGUUUUGGUUUUAAAAUUUUUCAUAAGAAAGUUAGUUGGCAAUCAUUCUACAAGCCUUUCGACACUGUUACUGAAUUUAUUUUCUAAUACACCAAUGCAUUUCUAAGUAAUGACCUGUUCAACACGACAUUCCUUAUGUGUGUUGUAACAUUUAAAGCGGGUAAGUGGUAUUAAAAUAAAAUAAGUCAUCUUUUGUAGUAUCAGUUGACUAUGAGUGUAAUAUUUACCUUUUUUAUAUCCUGAAUGGACUAGAUGUAGAAGUAAUUUUUAAAAUAUGUUUUUGAUAAUCUUUAUGUAUUGUUCGCACUUUUAAAAUUGCAACAUUAAAGUACAAAGAGGACAUGUUUGUUUCUUCUGUUAAUGGAAGUAUCAGAAUACGGAAUAAAUCAAUUUACUUUCACUGAGGUAGUUGUUGUUUGAGAGUAUGAUUUAGUCCAGCUUUAAAUUGAUGGUAAAGAGAAACAUACAUUUGGUCAUAAUACGGAUGGCAAUAAAAUGAAAUAAAACAAGAUUUUUUCCUCAGAUUCUCUAAAUUACAAAAAUAUUUUCUUAAAGUAAGCAAGUUCUUUCUUCAACUUAGAUAGAAAAUUUAUUAUAGAAUAUUUAUUAUAGAACGAUGUGUAUAUAAAAACUGCACUUAUGUUGUUAAUUUUAAUUUCAUUUAUCUUUAAUUCGUAUUUUAAACCAUUUUAUUUAUUCACUAACAAAUCUUAAUCGUGUAUCAGUGCAUAACGUGCUAUUCAAUUAUUUUAUUUAUAUACUGUGAUAACACAAGGAAGCAAAAUAAACAGAUAUUUGUUCUUUAAAUAAACAAAGCUUUACCGACACAUAAGGAAGUUUAGGCUUGUAAAUCUAAGAGAUACUUUGCACUUAUACUUUUGUGACGUAGAUGUGUGCCUGGCUUUAAAUUUCUGUACUGAACCUUGAAAACAUAAUGCAAUCUCUACUGCAUUAUCCUCAAAUAAAACAAUAUCUUUGUCACAUUAAUAUAUUACAUAUUUAAUAUAUACGCCAAAUUAUUAUAACAUCUUAACCAAAUAGAAAUAACAAGAUUUCAGUAACUAAAUAUGCUGCAGGCAUAACAGUUUUAAAUAGUUUCUUCUCUGGAUAUCAGAAUAAUAUGUUCUGUUUUUAACCCGAUAAUUAUGUUCAGGAAAGGAAAAAUGUGAUUGCAUCAUUAUGUGAAUAUAAAUCUCUAAAAAAACAAUUAUUUUUAGAUAUAAAUAUAUUAUCUCUUUUAAAAUUAAGGAAAUUUGUGUUUUACCAUCUUUCUAAAACAUGAUUAUAAAAACAUCUUUGUGAUUUAUAAGUGUCGAAACUGUGUUGAAAAUGACUAAGGAAAUAUCCUUUUCUCCAAGAUUUAAAACAUUAAUAUUUGUAAUGGAUGUGUCUAUUUUUUAAAAAAAAAAAAUUAUGUUGCUAUAUAUUAAACCAUCUGAUACAUUUAUCACUGUUAUUAAACAAUCCAUAUAAGUCGACUCAUGGGACGUGUAUUUUUAAUCUAUACCUUUUCUAGGAUUACACGCCCGUAAUUUAUACGUUUAUAAAUUUUGAAGCUUAUCUCAAAUCUAUUCCACUUAGUGUCAUUUAAGAGAGCUAUGUGGAGAGAAAAUAGAAUAUAUACCAUCGUAUUAUUUCAGGGAAUUACCCAUUGGUAUUUUAACUACGUUCAUUUUGUCUAGCGAGCUGUGUGUUUCCUUAUCAGCUUUCCGGGAAGGGCAAAGGCGCGGGUAUACUAAAUAAUAAAAAAACUUGUCAAAGGGAACCAGGCACAAGUGCACCAGCCAAACAGACACUACGUGGUAUACCUUCACUGCAGUCCACUGCGCAUGAAUGCCUUAUAGACGCACAAUUCAUUAUUGAUGAAGAUUUAGUAAUCGUAUCAUCCUCUUCAUCAUUAGGAAAGUGAGUAGGAAGUGGCCUAAGUAUAUAUGGUUUUCGAAAUUUAAUGUGAUAGCGGUAUGCAGCUAAAUCAUGAUUAAUGUCAUGAUUAUGUCUCUUUUGAUACAUUUUUAUGUACAGCGCGGUGAGCCCAGCCCUAGGCUGGGGUACCACGCUAUAUAAGACCUCUUAUUAUUAUUAUUAAAUCAAGUGCUGUUGUCUUCUUUGGGCUACCAUUCUGUCAAAACUCUUUGCACUUUUUACACAUUAGUAACCUCUUAGGACAAAUGACAGAUACCUGGAUGUUUACAGCUUGCCAAUCAGUCGAAGGUACAUCUCAGUUUAUUUUAUUAAUAUAACAUCACAAGAUAAAUUAAACUUAGAAACAAAUUAUUUUUGAAAAAUAUUUUUAAACGUUUAAUUAACUUUAUUUCUUAAUUAAUUUUAAUGAUAUAUCGUUAAAUUAAAGUUAACAUAAUUUUAACUAAAACGAUAUUAUUACAAUGUAUUCAUGUUUGAAUGAUUAUGUUGGUCAAGAUGGCCACGUAUAAACUAUUUUAUUUUAAUCAAAUGCAUUUAACGUGAAUAUUACAGAUACAUGGAGAUUCAGUAGUAAAAAUGUGUAUACAUUGUAUAUCACAAAUUAUAAAUCCCUAGGUAUUAUAACUAUUUGUCAUAAUAUUUAUAUUUGAUUUGUUUUUAAAUGUUAAAUGAAUUUGUUGUUUUUUUUUCUUAUAUACGGAAAUGUUUUUAUUAUUUCUUAUUCAAACUUUAAUUACGUGUAUUUUUUCUAGAUCUAAGAGACCAGGAAGUAAAUUCUACCAUUGGCUUAAUAGAAAAUGUGAUUGAAUAAUUCAAAAGGGGAGUUGCGAUCAGCUAUUGUGACAAGACGACCUGGUUUGCCUUUCACUUUUAUACACAUUAUACUAUUAAUUGUUUAAAAUUAUAGUCUUGAGACUCAAAUUAGGACAAGGAUUAUUUGAAAAACCACCUGAGUGAUCUUUAAGAUAUUGUUCAACAGGAAUGAUGAUAAAUCGUUAGAGCGAUUUCUCAUUUACAGGAAUCAUGUAAUUAUAUCUCACAAUUAUUGUAUUCAUUUAAUUGUAAAUUAGUUAGUUGGUUAUUUUUUUUAAAAUUUCUUUCGUCUUCAAAGAUAUUUUACGCAAUGGGAGUCGCUUAGUCAAUUAUUUUGUCACGUGAUAUGAGUAAAAACGAGUAAGAUUUCCGGUAGGCUGUAUACAACACACUAGUGCUUGACAACAGUAGCCCGUUACACACUACAACUACACUACAUUUCGUCCAAUGAAAAUUAACAAUAAAAUAAACAAAGGGGAAUGACUCCUGCAUCAAUAUUGAAUAAAAACGCAAAUGACGUCAUUACAACAGUAGCCCGUUACACACUACAACUACACUACAUUUCGUCCAAUGAAAAUUAACAAUAAAAUAAACAAAGGGGAAUGACUCCUGCAUCAAUAUUGAAUAAAAACGCAAAUGACGUCAUGAGCACGCACGGAGCUCAACAACAUCCUGCCGAUAAUAGUAUUGAUAGUUCCCAUCGAAUAUCGCUCACAAAUUUUUCUUGAAAUAACUUUCUUCCUUUAAUCAUAACUGACGUAUAUUUAUUGUCACAUCUAUGGAUUUCAUUUAAAAAACGCAUGUAUUCCAGAAUAUUUCGAAAGGUAAAAUUUUUAAGUAACAUGACAUUGGGGAAGCACUGAUGAAGUAUCUUUUGUUGUGUGUAACAGCCUAGUGAUGGCUUACUCACAUCACGUGACCAAACAAGGAAGUGACUAAGCGACUCCCAUUGAAAACAACCGUGAUUGAUUUAGCUUCAUUGAAUUCUUACAAAGAAACUGGUUGAAAAGCUGAAAUUUUUAACUCAAACCAGUAAAUGAAUAACGAUACUAAUAAUAUUUAAGUAUUGAAAUUUUAGACAAAGUUAACACUAAGAAGUAUUGAAUACAAAAUUGUAUUUGUAUCUACUUCAUAUUUUUAUAGCCUUAUAAGUUUUAAGGAAAAAAAAGAAGCACUGGUUAAAUGAAAUUACACAAAUAGUUCAACAAACUUGUAAGAAAUAAACGUUAUUCGGCUAAAAACAUUGUCAGAAAGUAACAAGGGUAAAAUCAAAAUAAAUACACCUCCUAACAAGUAAAAUAGUUUCGCUCUGAAUCAUAGAACAAAAUAACAAAUGAAGGUAAAUUGUGAACCUCAAAUGAUGGGCGUGGGGAAAUGGAAAAAGAAUUAAAGUAAUUGAAUAAAAAUAAAUCGAUAUGAAAACAAUGAAAUGUAAGUAAGUAAGCUGUCAAAAUCAUUUUUGUAAUCUUUUACUCCAAACACAUUCUGGCUGUCAUUUCUUUGGAUAACUUUUAAAAGUGACGUGACCAUGUCAAUUAUCGCCGCAUUAACUCUGGUGAAUGAUCCGAUAUAGUCAAAACUUAGUCCUACUCUAAAAUAUUUUGCAUCAUCUAUUCCCUACACACUGCUUCAGUUCAACAGUAGUAUCAAAAAUAUAUUCAGUUCUACAAGCUUCACUACUAUAAUUUUAGAAACAUAUUCCACACAGACUAUCAAACACAAAAUAGUACUGAACUUAACGAACGGUAUUACUAAUAGACGGCACUUACCCCUAAACUGAGUUACGAGACUUAACUACGAGAACUUAACAUGACUCCUGCUAUUUCUUACGCAGUAUAAAUUCUAACCUAAAGCACAUCACUUGUUUCUUCUGCUUGUUUGUCCUCCUCGUGUUUAUUAUUGGUGAGCUGAGCCUUUAUACUCCACCAUGACUUUUCUUUAUUCUCGAGCUUUCUGAUACAUUGCUGUUACGUACCAUUAGGAUUUAGCGCUUUAGAAGAUCACUACUUAACAAAGGACUAAAACCAGUGCGCUAAGAAAAAAGAUACCAAAGCUAGUGAAGUUUAAAUUAAUCAAUUUAUUUAAAUUAACAAUGUUGAUAUCUUAACAAUAAAUCAACUCCAUAGAAAUGAUAAAAGGGUAAAAAAUAUAUCAAAUGACAGAACUUGAAUAUGUCUUAUAAUAAAGAGGUGGAAAUAAUAAUUCCCACACAUGGCGAAAAUAUUAAUCGACAGAAGUAAUAAUAAUUGGGAAAUUUUUAUCCACACACACACGAUUGUAAGUAAUCACGAGCUACGUCUCGCAAAGUUUUUCGCCCAUUUUUUUUCUGCAUUACAAUUAACCGCCAAUUUAAAGUGGGGGAAACUUUCUAUUAUUCAUAUUCGAAACAUUCAUACCCAGGGACCCAUGUGGCACGUGUGAGUUUACAGACUUUUAUAACAAGAUUUGCACGUAGCACUCAAGAGUUUUGCUUGUCAUUAGUUAAUUUCAAAAAAUUUUAAACCAGCUUCUCUUAUCAAAUACACGAGAGUUUUGCACCCCAGUAAAAUUGUUCAUAACCAUUACGUAGCACGUAAUAUUAAUCAAGCUCGUGGGGGGGGGGGGGAGUAUGCAUGGCACCAAAAUGCGGGGUUGGGUCACAAAACACGAGAGGCGAUAACUCAGCUUGUAACCUUGAAAAUUAUACAAAAACCUAAUCGUUAGAGUUUUGCACCCCAGUAAAAUUGUUCAUAACCAUUACGUAGCACGUAAUAUUAAUCAAGCUCGUGGGGGGGGGGGAGUAUGCAUGGCACCAAAAUGCGUGGUUGCGUCACAAAACACGAGAGGCGAUAACUCAGCUUGUAACCUUGAAAAUUAUACAAAAAUCUAAUCGUCAGCUUAAAUUGCAGCAUGACGAGACGGUCAUUAUUUGAUCUUUGCAAUAUCGUGAAUGUGUUCAAUAAUUAAUGCAUCAAAGAGGUAUUGUCCUGACUUACAAGUGUAAAUGAAUCAACAAACUAUCAGAGGAUUAAGUUAUUAAUUUACAUAAAGAUAGAUUGUUGAAAUGUGAAUUCAUUUAAUUAAUAAGGUCUAAGGAAAGUUAAUUUCCUAUCAAAUUGUCAAAAAAACUGUUUAUUGCCAAGGCGUUAGCGUGCAUACUCUGCACCGUUUAUUCGGGCCAAGUCAAAAUGGCCCCCGGAGGUUUUUGUCGACAGCUUUAUUGUCAGAGGCCCUUUUGACAUGAGUAAAAUUGUAAAGAGUCAUAUUGUCGGUGGCCUUAAUGACCGGGGCACUUUUUUUGGAGACUAUAUGACGGGAGAAUUAUUUUCGGGACCAUUUUCUUAGGGGCCUUAUUAUCGGGGGCUCAUUUGCGAGUGCCCUAUUGACGGGCCUUUUUUUAUGAGAUAAUUCGUCGUAGUAAUUUUUCAAGGGCUGAUUUUUCUCAGACCAUUUUGGCGUCACACGCGUGCUAUCAUACAUCUAUGGCAUAGUGUUUCUUUGUUAUGUGACGAGGUGGGUGUUUACAAAAGGAUACGGCGGAAAACAUUUUUGUUUUAAAGUAUUCUUUUUUUCCUAUGCUGGAAAAGAAGUAACUUCCUAAUGAUAUAUUUUUUGCCAUUUACCAGCCGUUAAUAUCAAUACGCUCCUCCAUGGCAUACGUUUAGUCAGGUGACAGACUGAUUAAACUACCUGGCAGAAAAAAAGCGUGGCGUGGCUAGGCUAAGUGCCAUUAGGGGGCUGACCAAGAUAAUUUCCCACCCUAUUCUGUUAAAAUAAAAUACGAACUCCGCCGUUGCUAUAAAAUACCACCACUCCAUUAUAAAGAAAUAAGUGCUCCCUUAUGGCGCACCGCCCCUCCCUACGCCACUACAGAGGAUGGUCUGCUUGCAAUAGUGCUAAUUAGCACUGCGUUCUAACAAAAUUUUUAGUUUGACGGAACGCUGGAUAAGUUUCGUAACUGAACCACGGACCGGUGUCAGAUUAAUUAAUUAUAUUUUCUUUUUAUUCGACCACAUGGAUGUUGUGCAGAAAGUUAUCGUAGAGCGCACGGACCGGACCACCUCUUGGGGAACGCUGAAUUAGGGACUUAUUUCCAGGUCUAGGCGCACGGUUCAAAAGUUUGGGCGACCGGGUAGAGUUUGCUUUUAUUUCUUCAAUCUGUUAUUUCAUAGUAAUGUGUUACCCUUUUUCCAAUAACCUAAAUAAGACCUAAAAAAAACUAAUAAUAGUGAUAAAUUAUGAAAAAAAGUAUUGGAAAUGCCCUAAAACUUAUUAUGACAAUAGGCAUUUCCAAGCUAAUAACCUAAUAUUUUCCAGAAUUAAAAAAAAUUGUAAAGAAAUACAGAAAUUUAUAAAACCAAUAUGAAGGGUCAAUAGUAACCUCAACCACAUUUUUUAGAAAAAUAAAAUCAUCUUAACAUUUCUAUAACUUUAUAAUCACUUCAUGAAAUUUUACAAAAGCCCCCCCCCCCCAAAUCAUAACAAAAAAAGCAAUAAUAUAACUCUUUUGAACCUCAUAACCAUUUUCAACUUUCUAGCGAUUUCAAGAUUUAAAUUCAAUCUCAAUUACGCAUUAAUUUUACCAAUAGGUAAAGAGAUACAGAAAUGACAGAGGUAAAGUCUUCUUUCAUUUUAAUGAAUAAAGAUAGCUUGUAUUCAAAGUGCUGACCUCAGGGCCACCGAGAGGAUUAUUAAUUGCUGGAAAAAGAAUAAAAAUGGUUCACUUUUACCGACACAAGUACACAUUAAUUUAAUAUGUCAUAAUUGAUAAAUUAUAUGAAAAUGUGCACAUAUUAUAAUCAAACGGAGACAGUUACUUCUGUAAAAGAAAAGAAAAAGAAUAAUACACAUUAGUAUAUAAACAAUAAUGAAACAAUAUAAUAAGUAGUGAAUUUAUAACUCGAUUCAUUAUAAGGUCAUAGAAGUUUUUAUAGUUGAGAUCUAAUGGAAUUUAUUUUAUGCUAUACAAAGGUUCUUUCCUAGCCUUUUUCCUGGCUAAAUUGUGAAUCCGGACAUCAAAAUAAUCAUUUUUUCAAGGUAAGACAAAAUAUUACCGAGUCUUACCAAAUUUACCAUUUCCCAAUCAUCAUUUUUUCCAGCUUUAUUUUGCUGAAUAAGUUCUUUGCAGAGAUGACUUUGACAGGAAUUGUUAGCAAAAUACGAAGGCAACACAUAUAUUAGAAAAUUAGCUUGAUGAAAAGAUGGCAAAUGACUUUUCUCAAUUAGGGGAUAUUGAUCUGACAGUAACUUUUAUUUUUUUACUUAUGUUCAUCGUAAGGAAUCGUUAGGUACUUCCAGAGAAAACUGAACUUCUCCGAAAGCAUAUCAUCCAUGCAUCUGUGAAACGUACAGUGAGUCCACCACUAGCAUUAUCCAAUAUUACAUCGAAGACAUAUUUUAAGAAAUAUGUUUGCUUAGGGGAUUCAUCCAUUCACCUUGUUUAGACAUAUGUGCUUCCAUGUAGCAACUCCAUCAUGGAACCUCUUCCUUUAACGUUUUGCUUUACCCCAAUUUUCUGAGAAUUUCUCUUACAUGGACAAAUUAGAAGCAAUAUUUUUAUUUUUGCUACACGUACUUUUCCAAAGAUUUAUCAGAUAUGAAAUCAAUAUUCUUAAGUUGGACUCUUCGAGAUCCAGCGCUGCAUUUCCGGACCGUUAAAUAUAUCAACUGUAACUAAUACCCUUUGUGACAUAAGGCGGAGCUCCAUCUGUCCAUGUUCUUGUUUGGCGGUUAUGUUUACUCCGCGAGAUUUUUAACGCUAAUUUGAUGCUUAGCAAGUGGGUUACAAAGUGAUUUAUACUUUCAACACGGUCUGACCAUCGUAUGCUAGACAUGCCGUGAAAAGAGCAUUUUGUACAGUUCCAAAGUAUGUUAUUGCUUCAGGAAAGUAUUUUGUGACGUCCUUUCCUCAAAAAUUGAGUGUGUGUCAUUCACAUGGUGAAAAUAAAGCUGUUUCACUUUGGUCAAAUAUUCUUGUUUGUGCACCUUUAUAUUUUCCUGCCAUGUUGGCUGCAUUGCUGUGCACGACAAUCUGACAGUGAAAUAUCGUUUUCUUUCUAUGUUUCUACCAUCAUCUGUGCUAUUUAAUAAACUGUGCUAUGGCUUUUGUCGACAAAAAUGUAAAAAUCAUUGUACAAAUACCAAUUUAUAUUUUAAGCAUAAUUUACCUUAUUUUGCUUCUUAUCUUUUUAUGUUUUCUUUGUUUUCAUUUUUUUGUUUUCUGUUUACAGUGUAUGGGAACGUUGAAAUCAGAAAAACAUGACAUUUUUAGCUAUCUUUGUCUUAGUGCUACACAUUAUUAACAACUGUGCUGAUUGUAAGUACACGUGAACAUUUAUUGUCUGGUGUUUAAUCUGUAAAGAAAAUUUGACGUGUUUUUUAGUAUAUUAUUUUAGACACUUAAAAAUUAUUUGAUUUAAAAUGGUAAUUUUUGAAGAAGUGUGGCAUCAACUUUAACUAACAGCAAAAUGAAUUAUUUAACUUGUUAUAUAUAAAAAUCCGUUUUGUAAAUGGAAAUGUUUAGCUUUUAAAUAUGUAUAAAUUUUAAAUAUUAAAAUACUAUAUACUAAAUUAUGGUAUGGUCAUAAAUAACGAAGUCUUUAUUUAAACAAAUCGUCUUUUGUAGCAUGUAAUACAACAGACCGUUUCAUCAAAAACUGGUUUGGUUCUGACUGCCAGUACAAAUGUCACUGUAAGAACAAUGUAGCUUGUAAUAUUACCAAUGGUGACUGUCCCAAUGGAUGUGAUAUUGGAUGGUUUGGUCCAGCUUGUCAGUAUGGUAAUUUAUUUCUAUUCAUAUAUUUGGAAUCGAUUUUUUUUUAUGAUGUACCUUUUAAAGUCAUUAUAUUCAGUCACCUCGAUUAAUCAAAUAUGGUCUUAAUUCACAUAUCCCUUUCUGUAGCAAUAUCACAUGAGCUGCUAUUUAACACGUUAUAAUAAAAUGACAAACUGCCUCCAAACCCUCAUCUUUUCUAAAGAUAAAAAUGUUGUUUCUUUUUAAAAACAAAAAUAUUUUUUUUUUUGAAAGUGGUUUAUAUCUUAUAGAUAAGGUAUUUUUUCAGCUGACAUCGUCAAAAAUGCAACCUUAACACUUACGCCUGACUUGACACAAGAAGUUGCCAAGAUCUCAGACGGGGAUGACACAACGUGUGCUGCUCUCACUGGAUCUAAUUUAGAACUUAAUGUCACCUGGAGCUUUGAUUUUUAUUUCACAUGGUUGAGAAUUGUCGUCAGGAAUACAGGUGGUAAGUAAUGAAAUAUAUGCACUUAAAAAAAAUUGAGAAGGUAUAAAAUAAUAACCGGCAUGUUCUAUUCAUUUUAAUUAAUUAGUUUUGAUUGAUACUAAAUUUCCACAAAUAAAAGUAUUUAUAUUUUGAUUUGCAUUUAUGUCAUAAACAUAAAUAUAGUCUUAGAAUUUAUUGAUAUAUAAAUAUAUUUCAUAGUAAUACAUUUUUGUCUGCAUGAUUUAGAAUUACAGAAAGAAAGCAUUUCACUAAAGUUUCCAGAUAACGUCACAACACAACAGUGGUCAUGUGUAAAUGUAAUUAUUGACAAUGUAACACUAGACAUCUAUUGUAACAUAUCUAAAGUUACCAGAACAAUAUUACUAAAUGGACCUGCAGUCGACAGCCUGUGUUCCCUUUACAUCACCGAAGGUAAAAAUUGUUAAAAUUAUUUUAAUGAAAUAAUUUAAUAAUUUUCAUCUUCCCGCAUUCGCGAAUGAUAGAUGAGCUAUAGACACAUAAUCGAAACGCUUACGAGGCCGAUCCUGGAAUAGCAUUCUUAGCUGCACUUCGUCCAGGAGAACCAUAAAUUCUUGUUAACUUUGCCCUUUACUGAUGUUCGCUUGCUGGAAGAUCUCCCAUUCUUAUAUUUCUAUACCAGCAUCCCGAAUGGUUCUUGUCAAAAUGUCCUUAAACCCCAGUCGAGGCCAUAAAAUAAGUUUUGCCCCUUCUGCCUAUUCACCGUAAAGCAGAUUCCCAAGUAUACGGCCUUCCUCCAUUCUCCUUACAUGACCUAACCAGUGAAGGCACCAUUUUCUAAGAGUUGAGAAUACGUUACACAUUUUGGCACGCUCCAAAACCUCUUUGUUAGACACCUUGUCCAGCUAUCGAGUUUGUAAAAUAAGACGCAGACAUCUUUGUUGGAUGCUGUUUAGUUUCCACUUAUGACUGGCCUAUGUUUUGUUUAAUUUCAAUGCCACAUAGGAGCGUAUUGAGAACACAUGCCAGAUAGAGGCUUUGUUUUGUACUUUCAAUUAGUUUAAGAUCAUUUACCCCCGCUUAUUCAAUUUAGACAUAGUUGAUGUGGUUUGUGCAAUCCCCACUCGUUAUGUUUAGAGGGAACUGUGUUGUCAAGAUAUUUGUUUUCUGUAGAUAGUUUUAAUUUUUUCCCAUACAGAGUAGAUCGAUUUUGUAAUUUUGUCUCAAACUAAGUAUCUCGAUUGUGUUAAAUUUUCCAAUUAAUUCGUAAAAAAGAUUAUAACUUAUGAUUUACAGAGGCAAGAAAUCCUUGUAAAUGUGCAAAAACUAAAAUUAAUGAUUUCUCCUAUUUAGGUUUGUUUCUGUUUUCUCUUUCUUAAUAAAUAGUAUCUCAGCAAAUUUUUGCAGUAGCACGUUGUUCGCCAAAAGUUGUUCUAACCAAAGCAAGCUGUAUUUUUAAAAUAUUUUGGAUGCUUUCAAUGGCGAUGUUACUUACAUUUUUCUCCAAUUAGUGCAUUUCGUAUGUCAUUUAUUGGUGUUUCUGAUAAAUAAUUCUAAAUUGAUCUGAAUUUGGAUACUUGUGUUCACUUUAUGUAAGAAGAGUAAAAUAAAUUAUGUCUCAAAUGUUAAUUAGUAAACAAAAAAUGUUAUUAAUUGAUUACAUCCGAAUUAUAGUAACAAGUUAUUUUACCUCCCCGCAUUUUUCUCGCAAUGGUACUCUUGAUUUUUUAUUUUUUUAGAUUUUUCAUAUUAUUGUUAUUGUGUUCAUUUUUUCUAUACUUUGUUUUUUCUAUACCUGGUCUUGCUAUAUAAGAUAUAUUUCUUCUUUCUUGAAAUCCCUAAUUUUGUGUCGUAACUUUUCAUUUGUUUUUCUAUAUUUCUGUAAUUGUUUUCUUGUUUUCUUAAAGAAGGAAAACAUUGUAAACUCAUGUUUUUGUUGCUGUUGUAAUUACCACAUUAGUUAUUUGUACUGAGUUUGACUUAAAUAUUAGGCACUGUCAAUAAAAUAACCGUUAGCAAUGUAUGGGUUAACAAGUUUGAUUUUUAAACAAGUAAAUUAUUUCAUCAGGACGAAAUGUUGCACUAAAGCAGCCGUCAAAUCAAACAACAACAGAAAAAAAUCAUGUACAUCAUCUCUCAAGUAACGCUGUAGACGGAAACCACAACUGGGCAGACAACUCUUGCACACAUACUGAUGAAUCUUCCGAUCCCGCUCCAAUGUGGACACUGGUUUUUAAUCGCAACGUUACAGUACAAGCGUACACAAUCUACAAUAGAGUUGGAUGUAUGAAUCUACUGGAAAUAAAGAUCUUUCUCACAUAUACAUUUUAUUGAAGGGAGGGGGCUACUUGUAAUUUAAUCGUUCAUUUUAACAAGAAAGAAGUUUGUAAUUUAAUUGUUUAUUAUUUAACAAAUUGUAAUUAAAUACACCCUUUGUUGAAUAUAACAACAUUAGCUUGUUCAUGCUCUAUUCACAAAUAGCUGGAAGUGACGCAUAUUGCUGUCUAGUCCGACUGAAAGGAUUUCUUCUGACAACUUUUAACCAAAGAAAUCAAAACCUCCAAAAUUACACUGAUACUCUGACGUCACCACAGGAAGUCUACCACAUUUUGUCAACAGAUUCGUGGCCGCAAGUUUCAAAAGUUCAAAUACAAGCAACUUAUAGCGAUAAAAACUUCACACAUAAAGUCCUUACUUUGUGCGAAGUGGAGAUAUACGGUGGUAAGUUUCCUAAAUUAUUUGAUGAGAAUGUACUAGUUACUUUUACACUACUCCAGAUCUCUAGCCUUAUCACUAUUCAUCUCAUUCAGAAUCUUUAAAUUUAUAACGAUUUUUUGGCAUCCGUAUUUCUCCGCUAGAUGAUAGUUGACUUCGGAAUCAUGAAUAUAUUCUUAAGUGGUUUACGAUUCCUAUCCUGGAGAGGAAAUUUGGACUUUAGAUCUCUCAUGAGAACCUUUACUGAUUUAUAUAUUUUGCUUUCUGUAUAGUUUGUUACGCACUGACUUGUAUGGGGAGAAAUUAAUCUCCUAUUUUAAUUUUAAUUGGCUCGUUGUUAAUAGUGCCUAACAAAGGACGAUGCCAUAGAAUCAACAAUAUUAAAGAUACGACACCCACCGCUGUUUCUAGUUACAAUUAAAAAGAUUUAUUAAGUCUUAAUAUAAUUACAAAAGAAAAGAAAAUAUAAUGUCAAUCUUUAACUUACAGUAUGGUAGAUCUUGUACCUGUACACAGUUGAUACAGUUAGAAUAAUGUGUCAAUGAAUAAUGAUGAAGUGCGAAAUAAACACAUAUGAGUAGGGGCACACAAAUAUACAAGGAAUAAAACACGCCUCGUAAAGUUAAUAAUAUCUAUCUGAAUCUCCGUCUUUUCGUCCGUGCCUGUCAAUCCCUUAUGUAGGUCGCGUAAGCCCUGCCUUCCAUAAAGACUUAUGAAGUUCCUAGAACAAUCACAAUCAUUCUACAAAAUACUAUUUGGAACAGAUUAAUUAUUUUUAGUGGCUGGCGGCAUAAACACGACAGAUCAAACGACUAAGCCACACCCCUAUGUGAACACAGCGUCUCAUGCGGGGUCAAUCAUAGGGCACGCACGAGAAAAAUUAUGUAAACAAGCUCUUUUUAACAAGUUCUUUUUGCUUUAAAAAGUGUUCGUUUUAAUAUAUUCGUCUCUUGGAUUCUUAUAUAAGUUUAUAUACGAGAGAUGAUCUAUUAAAGUUUUUUUUUUUUUUUUAAAUAUAGGAAAUAUGGUCUGAAUGCACCUACAUAGAAAUGAGUAAAAAAAAUAUUUCUAUAUUCGUCUCUUGGAUUCUUAUAUAAGUUUAUAUACGAGAGAUGAUCUAUUAAAGUUUUUUUUUUUUUUUAAAUAUAGGAAAUAUGGUCUGAAUGCACCUACAUAGUAAUGAGUAAAAAAAAUAUUUCCUAUGAAGCAACCAGAUGUGACCGGGGCAAUAACAAAGCACUGGUGUAUGCAUGUAAAUAUUUGUGUGUGUAUGUAUGUAUGUAUGUAUGCAUGUGUAUGUGUGUAUGUAUAUGUAUGUAUGUAUGUAUGUAUUGGCGUGGGACCUUAUUUCUUAUGCUGUGAGUUAUGUCAGUAGUAUGGUUACUUAUGUUAAUACUUCAGGAUGCCGACUAAGACUUCUUCAUUCUUCCACUUAUUAUCCAGGCACGCAAAGAAGAAUACUCAAUUCUGGUUAAAACUCACAGUACUCUAUUGAACACACUUUACUGAUAAUAUUAUUGAUAAUCCUUGCAUGAAUGUAAUAAUUUCACAUGUAUAUAUUAUAGUAUUCCAUCAUUCAGAAAGACACGUCCUCACACUACUAUAACUCAGCUCAACUGUCUGAUAACUCAGCUCUCCUAGCUCUCUCUACUGCUCUGCGCUCAGCUCUGACUAUAUCAGUCAACUCAUACUUUAUUACCAUCAAAGCGUGGAAAACAACCGCUCUGACAAAAACAUAAUUUUACUCUCCAAAAACGUGGAGCUCAAAUUUGUUCUCAAAAAUGCAAUCCACUCUCUCUCUCGUGGAAAAACAUGGUCAACACAAUUCACUGUUCACUCAUGCUACCUCUAUGUUUUCUUGUGAAAACAUAGUCCGUUACAUGCCCCACCCAUCUGAAAAAUUUUUGUGCAACAAAAUUUUUGGCAAAAAUUAUAUGUUGAAAUAAUGAUAAUGUCUUUUGGAAAAUUUCAAUACCACAUCCAUCAAUCCUUUAAAUAAGUGUAUAAAUAUUAACAUUUCAUCAUUAUGAAAUACAUUGCCUUUGGCAGUUAAUAUCACACAUAAUAGUGCAUAAUUUAAUUUGGCAAAAAAAUUUACAAAAUCUAUAAUGACAACCUCUUAAAAUUCUUACGUAUGAUAGUGUGAAGUGACAUUAACAUCUUAGUGAUUAAUAAACACUGCAAAAUGAAUGUAACAACCUUAAAUUUUGCAUUAGAUAAUUUACAAUUGGUUAAAAUCUGAUAUUCAUUUACAAAAUUGAUAUGUACAAGUAUAUUUCGAAAAAAGUGAUUGAACGUAUGUGUGUAUCUUCAUUUAGAAUGUCUGACUAAUGUGUCUUAAGUCAGUGUCUUUGUCAUUGUCUGUAUGUUCAAUGUGUCUGGAGAGGAAAUCAGCUACUGUGUUGUCUUUUCCUUUUAUUGUCCUUAUCUCAUACUGAUAAUCUAAUAGGAUCAACGACCAUCUGUUUAUUUUGCUGUUUGCUAUUUUCUUUCUAUUUAGUGCCAUUAAUGGCUUGUGAUCAGUCAAUAAUAUAAAUUUUCUACCUAAUAGAUAUUUCUGUAAUUUUGUGAGUGCCCACACAAUUGCUAAGCAUUCCUUCUCAAUGGUUGAGUAGUUAAUUUCAGUUCUGCUUAGUGCCCUACUUAAAUAGGUAAUUGGUCUUAGUUUAUGAUUGAAUUCUUGCAUAAUGCAAGCUCCUAAUCCAAUGUUGGAGGCGUCUGUCACUAAAGUGAAAGACUGAUUAAAAUUGGGUGAUAACAAUAUGUUGUCACUUUGGAAAAUUUCUUUGAUUAUUUUUAAUGCAUUCUCACAUUCAUCCGUCCAUACUAUUUUUUUCUUGCUAUCUUUGUUUAUUAGUUUCCUUAAAGGUAAAGUAAUAUCAGAGAAUUUUGGAACAAAAGUGCUGUAAAAAUUGCACAAACCUAAAAUGGCUUUGACUUCUUUUUGAGUGUGUGGUGUUUUUAUGUUUAAUAUUUUUCCUCUGUUGUGUUCUGUGGGCUGAAUUGUGUUCUUACUGACUUUAAAUCCUAAAAAUUAUAUUUCCUCUUGUGCAAAUUUUAAUUUGUUUGGUGCUAUUGUGACUCCAUGUGAUCUUAGUUUGUUUAGUACUAUUUUUAUUGUCUCUAUAUGUGUUUUCAUAUCUUUUGUGUGGAUACAUAUAUCAUCAACAAAAUGUACAACAUUUGGUAUGCCUUCUAGCAUGAUUCGCAUGAAUCGAGAAAAUGUUGCGGUAGAAUUGACCAGACCACAUGUCAUUACUGUCCAUUCGAACAAGCCUUCCUCUGUGGCAAAUGCAGUCAAAGGCAUGGAAUCUGGAUGCAUGCCUAUUUGCCAGAAUCCUCUGUUUAAAUCUAGGUGUGUGAAUAAUGUGGAGGAGCCUAUUUCUUCAAGUAGUUCUCUGGUGUCCCUCAUGGGUUCUGCAUCUGAUUGGGUGAUUUUAUUUAACUCUCUAUAGUCACAGCAUAUACGGCACUGGCCAUUUUUCUUUUUUACUACUACCAUGGGUGAUGCUAUUGGUGAAUCUGAUCUUUUAAUCUUGUUGGUCUGUAUUAAAUGAUUUAGUUCUUUCUUUACUUCUUCCCUAAAUGCAUAUGGGAUUGGAUAGAUUUUGUGUUUGAAUGUGGGUUCCUGUGUUAAUAUAAUCUUGUGAUCUAAACUACUAGUGUGUCCUAUGUUCUCUGUGAUGAAAUCUUUGUAUUCUUUUAGAAUUGUUGUUAAGUGUCUGUUUGUUGUGGUGUUACUUUCAUUGUCUUCUAAUUGUAUAACACUAGCAACGGUGGCUGUACUGGUUAUUUCAUUAGUGAUGGUUUCUAAAUCUUCUGGAACAGAGUCAUAUUUUCUGAGCAAGUCCACAUGUAGGACUUUCAAUUCACCCUUCAUGUGGAUUACAUAAUCAACUAAAUUUACCUUGUCAUGUACUGUAAAAGGACCCUGCCAGAUCUUUUGUCCAUUAUUGUUUGGCACCAGACUAAAACUUUAUCAUUUACUUUAAGAUCUCUGAGGUAUCUAUGUGUAUUCUUUAUGUGUCUUUGUCUUUUAGACUCCCUAUCAGUGUUUUCUUUAGCAUUUUCUAUGCCAUAUGUUAUCCUCUCUCUAAUUUUUGUAAUUAUGUCAAAUGUGUCCUGUUGUUUGCCUUUCUGGCCUAAGAUAUUUUCUUUGAAAAGAGUUAAAGGUCCCUUUGGAUUGGCCCCAAACAUUAGCUCAAAUGGAGAGUACCCUGUGGUGUCUUGUAUACUCUCUCUAUAGGCAAAUAGAACCAUGGGUAUAGAUAGGUGCCAUUCUCUAGGGUGGUCUAUUGUUGUUUUAUUUAACAUUAUUUUUAGUGUCUUGUUCCAUCUUUCUACCAUACCAUUGGCCUGUGGUCUGUAUAUUGUGGAAUGCACUUGUAUAAUACCUAGCAAUUUUGUAACGGCAUUGGUUAAGUUGGAAGUAAACUGUGUUCCAUUAUCUGAUAAUAUUUUAUCAGGGAACCCAUGUCUUGUAAAUACAUCUAACAAUGCCAUGCAUAUUGUUUCUGAAUUAAUGUUUUUAAGGGGAAUUGCCUCUGGCCAUCUAGAUGCCAUAUCAAUCAUGGUUAAAAUAAAUUUGUGUCCCUUAUUUGAUGGCGGAUUAAGAGGACCAAUGAUGUCUAUAGCGACCUUCUCAAAGUUUCUGCCUAUUUUAUCUGUGGGUUGUAUGGGUGCUCUGUGUUUACUGUGUAUUGGGUUUUUGUCAGACAUGGUAUGCAUUUGUUUAUAAGUUUCUUUAUAUCCUUGUGAAUGUCUGGCCAAUAAAAAUUCUGUGUUAUCCUUUCUAACGUUUUCUUUAUACCCAUGUGUCCAGCCAAAGGACUGUCGUGUGCAUGGUUGAGUAUUUUGUUUCUGAGUAUUAAUGGUACUAUUAUUUGAGAUCUUUUGACUUCACCUUUCUCAAAAUUUCUAAUUAGAAUAUUGUGUUUUAUUGUGUAAUUAUGUCCUCUAAAAAUUGAGUUAUUGUCUUUAAUUUUGUUUCUAAUGUCCUGAAUUUGCCUAUCUUCUGUCUGCAUUCUAAUUAUGUCCUCUCUUGAUAUUUUUUUUGGAAUGUCUAAUUUUUCUUCUAUUUCAGGCUGUGUCUGACUAGUUUUAUGUUGUUGUCUUGUUAUUGCACUUAUAUACUCUUUGGUUAAUUUUUUGGAUUCAAUCCACUUUAAAAAUAGUUCUUGGGAAUUAUCUGGAAUUUCUUUAAUAUUUCCAAUUAUUAACUGACAGACUGGGUUGUCCAUGAGAACUGCCGUUACCUUUCCUGUUAGCCAUGGACAGUCUAUUUCCACUACUGCUUUAUAACAUCAACUUUUGUGUUAUUUGCUAACAUGACUGUGGUUUUUUCAGAUAUGUAGUCUUUAGGAUCAAUCAAUUUUUUGUCAACUACUAUUGUUGUCCAACCUGUGUCUCUUAGACACUGAACAAGUUGGUUGUUUACAUAAGAAGGAAAAAAUUGUAAACUGCCUUCACUGUGACAUGCGCUAGCUAAAGUUUCAUGUGGUUUGGUGUUGUUUUGUCUACUGUUGGUCUGAUUGGAAUUAUAUCUUUGGUUUUUAUAUGGUUGUCUACUCCUAUUUGUACUGUUGUAUCUAAUUGGGCUACUGUUGGGUGAUGUUCUCUGAUAGUAUUUUUGUGAAUGUCCUAAAUCUCUUUGUAAUUUCCUACACUCAUAUUUUUUGUGACCUGGAAUGCCACAGUAGAAACAUUUGUUGUCCUUUGAGUAAUUAGUAUAUGGUGUCUGGUAAUUGGUUUGAUAAUUUUUCUGAAAUUUAUUGUUUUGCCAUCUGGCAGGUAGGCUGUGGUAUCUUCUGUUUUGAUAAUAUGUGUUUGGUUUUUUACUGUCUCUAUCACUGGGUGUGUUUCUAAUAGAAGCUAGUGUUUUGUUUCUAUUAUCUAGCUUUUCAUUGGGGUGAGCAUCUUUAAAUGGUGUGAUUGAGUCAACUAAAUCACGCUCAUUUUUAAUUUUUCGUUCUUUAAGGAAUGAAAAUAAAGAGACUGAUGCAUUUCUUAAUAUUUUGUCAAUAAUAAACAUGUCUAGUAAUGCUUUGGGAUCAUUUAGGUCAAUUUCAGUGAGUUCAAGCCAUUUGACAAGAUUGUCUCUAAUAUUGAAUAUAGUGGUGUUGGGGUCUAUUUCUCUCUCUAAUCUUAUGUUAUGGCAAUUUUUUCUGUAAAUGUCUUCUGUGUUUCCAUUAAACUUUAACAAAACUUUCUUUAUAUAGGUAUAAUUGUUCUUUUGUUCUUCACUAAGUGAAUUAAUGAUGCUUAGGCUUUUUCCUGAUAAUCUGCUCAAUAAAAUAUUUGCCCAAGUCUCUUCCCUAUAAUUGUAAGACUGACAGAUGCCCUCAAAUUGUGACAGAUAACUAAUAAUUUCCUCUUUAUGUUCAUUAAAUUCCCUAAAUUUAGGUUUGUAUGUGCUAUUGGUUUCUCUAUUGCUUGUUGAUGGUGUAUGCUGUCCUGAUUCUAUUCUAGCUCUUUCUAGUUUUAUUUCUUCCUCUCUUAAUUUCAUAUCCUGUUCUUUUAAUUUCAUUUCUUGUUCUUUUAAUUUUAGUUCUUCUAUUUGUUUAAGGUCACUUCUCUUUAACAGUCUAGCUUCUCUGUCUUUGUCUUCUUUCUGUCUUUGACUAUCUCUCUCCUGUUUGUCCCGUAUUUUGUCCAUUUCUCGAGUUACGAAGUCAGCUAAGUUCUCCUGCUUUAUGCCAAGCUUUUCAGCUACAUCUAAUAGUUCUAAGUACUCUGCCAUUUUGAAUUAGUAUGUGUUUGAGUAACUAAAAUAAUAUAUUGGUAUGUAUAAGUAUGUCAGUUAUUUCUUAUUGAGUUAUCAAUUAAAAUAGUUCACAAUAUUACAUUAUAUUUACAUGUUCAUGAAUGAAUACACAAUGCAAGUUAAUAAUUAAUUAAAUGUAAGAAAAAUUUAAAAAAUAAUUAAAUUUUCUACUUCAUAACAUAAAUACAGAUAUGUAGACGUUUACAUGAAUACGAAUCAGACAACAAAUACAAAAGUACUGUGCAGUUAAUGAACAACAAGAUGGUAGAAAGUAUGACAGUAGGUUUUACAAUAUGUAUAACAAUGACAAGACAAAUAGAACAAAUCUGACAAGAUCUACUAAAAAACAACAGUUAGGACAAUGUACAAACUAGACUUCACAACUAACAUAAAAUUAUCCUACAGUGUUAUAAAUAGGGCCAGAAGAAACAUUUACUGCUUUAAUAAAAAAACUUCCCUAGGAAAGAUAACACCGUGGAUAUCCCUAAAGUAUACUUUAAAAUUAAACUUAUAAUAUACAGAAAAAGUAAAAAAUUUACUUAAUCUAAUUAAUUAUUCUAUAAGUAGAUUUUUAAAGUCUUAAAUUAUAUAUAAUACAUAACACAUAAUAUAAAUAAAUACCAAGUGAAAGUGUCCAAAAGAAAUCUGUAGAUUGUCACCUCUGCUCCUCUGUGACGCUAUGAUUUCUGUGUAGUCGAUAAUCCUAUGUAGUAGAUAAUCCUUCUAUGGAGUAGAUAAUCCUUCUAUGUAGAAGUGUACUUGGGUAAAAUAAUCCAAUGAGAAAAGUUACACCACAAAUUGCUGCAAUAAUCCAAUGCAAGUAACUUGCGUAAUAGUGUAAUUGUGAUAAUCCAAUAAUUGAAAAUUGUCUACUUUCUCUCCGAUUCUGUUGAAUUUGUGAGUAAUUGAAGAAUUACUUGAAGAAUAACUUGACUUUAAUUGCGCACUUAGGCUAUGUGCGGCUUAUAUAAAGUAAAGAUUAUGCUGGGGAAAUCUUACUUUCGAUGUCUUGAUAAAACAUCUCAUCUGUAAUGACGUCAGACUUCUGUUGGUCUUGUGUAGUGGAUCAUCUCUUUCGUUGACUAAUAACUGUAAAAUAGAUUUCUUGCUGUUUCUUCCACGAGAAUAUUCACUCCGCUAAGUGUGUUAUAUAAUUGAAGCAGUGUACCAGUUAGCUAUUUGAACUCUGAACUUUUGACUCCUGUGUCUGUGACCUAAAUAGUUUUCAACCGUAUGGCGUUCUAUGUAUUUUCCCGCUCGAAUGUUAAAAUAUAUCGUUGUUACUCAAGAGUUAAUAUUCUGUAACACAUCGUUGUUCUGACAUUUGUAACACAUCUAGUUGUAUCACAUAGUUGUUCACCACUUCUGACACCAUGUGUAACACAUCUACUCUGACAUGGCGUGGGACCUUAUUUCUUAUGAUGUGGGUUAUGUCAGUAGUAUGGUUACUUAUGUUAAUACUUCAGGAUGCCGACUAAGACUUCUUCAUUCUUCCACUUAUUAUCCAGGCACGCAAAGAAGAAUACUCAAUUCUGGUUAAAACUCACAGUACUUUAUUAAACACACUUUACUGAUAAUAUUAAUGAUAAUCCUUGCAUGAAUGUAAUAAUUUCACAUGUAUAUAUUAUAGUAUUCCAUCAUUCAGAAAGACACGUCCUCACACUACUAUAACUCAGCUCAACUGUCUCAUAACUCAGCUCUCCUAGCUCUCUCUACUGCUCUGCGCUCAGCUCUGACUAUAUCAGUCAACUCAUACUUUAUUAUCAUCAAAGCGUGGAAAACAACCGUUCUGACAAAAACAUAAUUUUACUCUCCAAAAACGUGGAGCUCACAUUUGUUCUCAAAAAUGCAAUCCACUCUCUCUCUCGUGGAAAAACAUGGUCAACACAAUUCACUGUUCACUCAUGCUACCUCUCUGUUUUCUUGUGAAAACAUAGUCCGUUACAGUAUGCAUGUAUGUAUAUAUGUAUGUGUGUAUGUAUGUAUUUAUGUAUGUGGGUAUGUAUGUAUGUAUGUAUGUGUGUAUGUAUGUAUGUAUGUAUGUACGUAUGUAUGUAUGUAUGUAUGUAUGUAUGUAUGUAUGUAUGUAUGUAUGUAUGUAUGUAUGUAUGUAUGUAUGUAUGUAUGUAUGUAUGAAUGUAUGUAUGUAUGUAUGUAUGUAUGUAUGUAUGUAUGUAUGUAUGUAUGUAUCAUGUAUGUAUGUAUAUAUGUAUGUAUAUAUGUAUGUAUAUAUGUAUAUAUGUAUGUAUGUGUUGUGUGUGUGUGUGAGUUCAAGAGCUCUUUUUGGAAUUAUAUUUAUAUAGCUCAUUUAAGAAAAAAACAAAUUUAGGGCACCCGGCCCCUAACGGGGUAAUAUGAAAAUGGUUGUACUAAAUUCAGAAAAAUUUGCAGGCAUGCGGACAGCAACUCAACAAAGCGGAUGAAUUGUAUAAAAACGCAAACGGGGCAGAUAUACAUCAAUUAAUUUAUAUAAAAACACUACCAACAUUUAAUAGAAUAAAUAUUGUUAUGUAGAUUGUGUCUACAGAUCCGUUAUGGCUCUUUGAAACAGUUUUAACUGUAUUCCUACAUACAUAUCAGAAAUUGCAUUAUAUACCUUUUAGAAUUUGAAUAUUUAUUCUGAAACGCAAAUGAUUUUUUUUCUAUCUUUGGACUGUUGUGCAGAUAAAAACAGUUGUUGAAAAAUCUAUAAAUAUUUUAAAACCGUAUGGCUAUAUGACUCUCAUUACAAAUCAGCGCUAUGGAGGCUAGGAAGAUUUUUAGAAAUUGUUAAAUUGGCAGUCACGAUCUGAACCCUACCCCCAGAUAACAGUUAUAUCGGACACAAAUGUUAGAUUCCAGAAACGAAACUAGUCCGUGUGAAUAGGGCAGCCCACCGCAACAGCGUUAUUGAUGUUUUCUUAAAAUUACAUAAAUGUCUGUGCGUUUUGCCUGUAAUAAUUCUGGGUGUACGCACCAGACACUUUAGUCAAGGAACGCCACUGUAACAUCCAGUAUUGCUGCAUAUAAGAAUUUCACAAACCAGCUUGUCAAUAGGGCUUGUCAUUUAAUGGCGGAAAUCUAUUAAUAGAACUGAUGUCACCAUUACUGAUCAUCCGGGUACUCAGCGCGGACAAAAUGUCAACACUGUUAAGUAUUACUAUGUUAGCGAAGUGUCCCUGAAACUUGUUUACAACUCUAUUUUACGAAAUAUUUUACACAUUUUUUUUGUUUACUUCUGUUUUCUCAAAUGCGACUUCAUUGCGCGCACGGCAGAUGUAACAGUAACUCUAGAUACAAGGAUCGUGCGAACGAUAUGCUGAAACACACUAUAAGCUGCCAUGUUUUAAGCAAUAUUUGUCCGCGGACCUUCUAAAAAUAGAACGCUAGACGUUUUCCGGUCUUAGAAAUGACAAAGCCUAUAGGGUGAAUACGGGGUCAUGACCGAAAAAAUGUGUUGGUCGCUUAUGUCUCUGGAGAUACACAAAUUGAGUUGUCUCUGACCACCGGCUUGUCCAUGCAUUGCAAUUUGAAUCAGGUUAAUUUAUUUUUUGGUUCACUUCCGUUUCAUCGAAAAGAUCCCCUAAUAUUGAGUUUGAUUCGGGUUAAAGACACUGAACGUUGCUAGUGGAGGACCCCGUAUAGCUUCUCUUUCUCACAUUGGAUGAGCGGGUAGAGUAAUGGAGGGUGCUGAUGGCGAAGUUUUAAUAUGGUAACAUCUGGAACAUGGGGAUCUUAACAGUAACUGAUGAGAUAGGUUUUGAUUAUUUCUACCUACAGCUGCCAGAAGAUUUAGUCGGCUUCUUAAAUGUGGACGCUUUUGAUAAACCUGGUCUCUUGUAAACAAAAGUACCAUAUAUCCAGUACACAUGAUUAUUAAUACAUGUUUGCUACUCGAGAAGGUCAUACUUCUUUUGCAGUACCAUUAUAAUUUGUAUCUGAAAUUUAUAGCAAAAUAAACCAAUGACAUUGAUUUUAUUUUCAGAUUCAGUCUGUCCAAAAGACAAUUUCAUGUAUGGUCGUGAUUGUGAAAAUGUAUGUAACUGUGCUGUAGAAGGUGAAAAGUGUUUUGUUAGUACAGGAAACUGUCCAUCUGGGUGUAAGGCUGGAUUUUAUGGACAAGGAUGCACAAAACGUAGGUCAUUUUAAAUCUUAAUUUUAUUUUCAAUCCGAAAUAUUUUUACGACAACGAAGUUGAUUUCUAAUUGCAAUAAGACAAAGUGCAUUCAACCGAAUGAGUCACACAAAAACGAGGAUGCGUCUGAAUAAAUUGGAAGUUUAGGGCAAGGAUGUCUGAAUAGCACAGAGAAAUAUAAUAUGACUAGGUUAGUCUAAAUAACAAGACUAUCCUAAACAUUGUUUAGAAUGAAUAUCAACAGGUCGGUUUGUUUAAUGGAUACACAGCUCAAAAAAAGUAUGUUAAAUAAAUAAUACUAUAUCUAUUUUAACUCCUUUAAACAAAAGGACAACAAACACAAAUUCAGCAUAUCAAAUAUCAAUCAUUAUUAUGUUAAUAUUAUGAUUUAAAAUGUACUUGCAAAGAGAAACUGAAGCCUACGUUGGUUUACUAUUUAAUAAUUACAUUAAUAUAAGUUUCAUUUUUUGGCAUAACAGAAGUGUGAUAAGAAAUAACGAGUAGUGACUGAGGAACAAAUUCUUCCAGGUAGACUAAUUGAUAAAUAAGUGAAUUUAUGAACAGAAUAACGUACAAACCCAUAAUAGAGCUCAACUUUACAUCUCUCUCUCUCUCUGUCUCUCUCUCUCUGUUUCUCUCUCUCUCUCUCUCUCUCUCUCUCUCUCUCUCUCUCUCUCUCUCUCUCUCUCUCUCUCUCUCUCUAUAAAUAAGUGAAUUUAUGAACAGAAUAACGUACACACCCAUAAUAGAGCUCAACUUUACAUCUCUCUCUCUCUCUCUCUCUCUCUCUCUGUUUCUCUCUCUCUCUCUCUCUCUCUCUCUCUCUCUCUCUCUCUCUCUCUCUCUCUCUCUGUCUAACUAACCUUUCCCGCCCUAUAACCUGGGAUGACAAAUGCUUACAAAACAUCAUAAUCCUUUUAAAAUGUAUUUGCUAAUAAAAUCGUUUACAUAUAGAACAUUGUGAACCAUUCAAUAAAUUCCGUCUAAACAGAUAAGGUGAUUUUUAAUAUGUGCCCAGUAAUAUUUAAGUUUUAAGACAUUGGGUAAUUUUAUAACAAAACUCAUCUUCCUUGUAUUACAUUGUGGUACAUUUUUAUGAACAUGGGUGGAAAGAGGAAUGUAUCGAAAGGAAUGAAUUGUGGUGGAAAUAAAACAAUGAUACUUUAAGAUAAUCAAAUAUGUAUCAUGUAUGAAUAAUUAAAAUGUAUUCAUUGGAAGUCACAGAACAAUUUUAAUAAAAAUCAUUAUUUUUCUUUAGCUUGUGAAGCUGGAUACUUUGGUAUCGAUUGCAGAAAAAAAUGCAGUAAUAAUUGCUCCAGUCAACAAUGUGAAAGAGUAGAUGGCAAAUGUUACAGUUGUGCGUUAGAAGGAAAGAAGCUACCAUAUUGUACACAAGGUAUAGAUAUAUUUGACUGCAAUUACCUAUUUACAAAAGCCAGAAUAUCGUCAUCUUUACAAAUACAUGUAAUGUAAAGAUAUAGUUCUUUAAAUAAAUUAUAAAAAUUAUUUAUUUAAUCAGAUUGCUUAGAAACAUCUUUGAAUCAUUUAUAUUUUUGUGGGGAAAAAACACUUUAUGGAGCUUAAUACUUCUUCAAAACACACGCACACACACACUGGAAAUACGUUAAUUUGAAAGUUUCAUAUUAAUCUGCGUGCUGUGUGGUCGAGUAGUCUAAAGUGAGAAAAUCCCUCCCUUGUGGUCUGGAGCUCAAUCCCCACCAAGGACCAAGUCACGUAAAGACGUCAGCACUACCCCGGAUGAAUGAGAUCCAUCAUCUAAGUGAAGGAAACUCUGACUCAAAACCCUCUAAGGAGCAUCUUAGGCGGAUACAUUAAUAAAAUGAAGAAUCCCACAAAUUAUGUGACGCAGAUAGUCCCAAGCCGUAUAUCCAUUCUUGGUGUUCCUUUGGGUUUUCUAGGUGAGUGGAAAGAGGCCAUACAAAAAUUGUCUUAUCGAAGCCAUUAGUUUGUUGACAUUUUUUUCAGUAUAAGGAAUCUAUCUCUAAAUUUCAGAUUGUGAUCCUGGUUUCUAUGGAGCCGAAUGCAAGUCCAACUGUUCAAGAAAUUGUUCUCAAUCUGGUCCUAUUUGUGACGUCAUUAAUGGAGACUGUUCAGCUUGUAUUCCUGGUUACUAUGGCAACAAAUGUGCAGCAGCUUGUCCAACAAACUGUAAAGAUUCAUUCUGUGAUUUCAACUCUGGUAACUGUAUAAGUUGUCAAGCUGGCUACCAUGGAUCUCGCUGUGAUGAAGGUAAACUUGCAAACGCAUGCUAAAUAGCAGUUAUUACAUUUAUUUAUUUGAAACACAGAAAAGAAGAGGGUGGUGCAAGAGCUACCUGCCAGGGGUCAAUCCCUGAGCAUAACCUGCAAACCUCAUCGGGGUCACACACAUUCGAAUAGCAGAGCGAGCGACAUGACGGGCCAAGUGUUGGUCAUGCAAUGGUCAUCGUCGUGCAUGAGUGACCAGACAGAAGUAGAACUCAGCUCAAAGCUUCACGCUAAUUUUAAAUUAUGUGUGUGUGUCCGUGUUAUAGUGUAGCCUAGGGUUUAAACUAGUGUGUUGCAGUAAUUCUACAAAGUAAAACAUUGCCAACAUUAAUUUGUUUAAAGUUAAUGUAAUAAUUUUUUAAGACGCAUUAGUGUUAUAAGCAUUUUAUUUGCAAUUUUGAGUGCAACGCCGGAUUAGCCAAAAGUUGAACGUAGGCCAUAGUUUAAAGUGCAGCAGUCAAGGACGUAUAUACAGAAAAAAAAUUACAAUGUUUUUAAUAUUACCAUGUUUAUUUUUAAUACAUAUACAUUUAAUAAAUUUAAAUCUACAGUUAAUUUUUCUACAUGUACAAUAUGCCCUCACGUCACCUAAAUAUAUCCCAGCUUUCCCAAGCGCUUAUUGUUAUGGAAAUUUAUUUGCAAGUGUUGACCAAGCCAUCUGUGUGUCGGAAUUAGCCUCCAAAUGCCCCCAGUAGUCAAGAGCCAUCCUCAUCAAGUUAACAGAAUAAAACACAUUUAUAAAUAUGCUCAUAGUAAAAUUGAACUCAUUCAUUCCUUGUAAACUUAAAAAAAUAUUAAUUCUUUUACUCUUAUGUAAUAACAAAGAAACUUUAUAAUUGCUUUUUUUUUUUUUAACAUUCCUAGAAUGCAGUAACAACACGUACGGUGAGAAUUGUAAAAACAACUGUAGCUCCAAAUGUAUCAGGAGGAUUACUGACGAUAGAAUUUGUAACCGUGUCAAUGGACAUUGUUAUAAUGUUUGUCUCAGUGGAUUUGAAGGAAGUAACUGCACCAUUUGUAAGUUUUUAAGUAUUAUGUAUAGUUUGAGCCAAUGGUUUAAAAUACAUAUUAACUGCAAACAUUAUGUUACGCUGUUUUGAUAUGUUGUUAUGUCUGUUUGCUUUUAUAAAUUGAAAUAUUCAAAUGAAGGGAAAAUCGUAAAAUUUGCGAAAACUAUUUAGGCAUUUAUAUUACUCAGUACUGCACACCUACUAAGGAAAGGGGGGGGGAAAGGGGGGGGGGGUUCAUGCAGAGCAGAAACUUAUCAUCACUCUUUGUGUACGAUCAAUAAAUUUGAAUAUGUCAGCGUGGCAUACAUUUUGAAGAUAGCCUACCUAUAUAUUGUAGCAAACAGUAUUUAUUAACUUUAGUGUUUCAACAUUAAGAUACAUUGAUAAUGAUAGGAUAAUUUCCAGGCUUUCAUUAUAAGAUUGAUAAUGUCAGUUAAACAUGUUAGACUUUCUUCCUGGUAUUUUCUCAAAUGUGUUCGAUAACCCGAGAAAUGUAAACAACUCGUCAUAAGUCUUUCUGGGAGGCAUGGCUUACGCGACCUAUAUAAGGGAUUGACAGGCACGGACGGAGAGACCAGGAUUCAGAUAGAUAUUAUUAACUUUGCGAGGCGUGUAUUAUUCUUUGAGUAUUUGUGUGUUCAUAUGUUUUUAUUUCACAUUUAUCAUUAUUCAUUGGCACAUUAUUCUGUGUUAACUGUGUACCGGUACAAGAUCCACCAUACUGUAAGUUGAAGAUUGUUAUAUUUUCUUUUCUUUUGUAACUAUCUUAAGACUUAAUAAAUCGUAUUAAUUGUAACUAGAAACUGCUUUGGGUGUCGUAUCUUUAAUAUUGUUGACUCUAUGGUAUCGUCCUUCGUUAGGCACUGUUAACAACCAGCCAAUUAAAAUUAACAAGAGAGAUUAAUUUCUCAUAUUAGAAGCCAGUGCGUAACAGUCACCAAUUUGUAAAUAAAAUAUUAAUAUCUAAGUCAUGGAUGAAUCUUAAAUAUGUAAAAAAAAACUUAGGAGGGAGGAGGUGUUUAAAAUAUUGUACUUUUUUCAGUUUCAUAAUUAUAGCUUAUGUGAUUCCUUAUCUACGACGCUAGGUACCUUAUCUAUUUUACAAGUCUAAACAACGUUAAUAUAACGACCAUCACAGUCUUCAAAACUUCCCUAAGACCCUCUCUUUAAACUGUAAUAUACCGUACUGUACUAUACUGUUCUUUAGUUCUUGGGUGAGUGAGGUCAAGUUUUUUACUAAUUGUUUGUUUUUAUGUAAUUGUUCAUUUUUUUAUGAAGUGCAGUGAGCCUAGCCCUAAGCUGGGUUACUGCACCAUAUAAAAUCCGCUUAAUAAUAAUAAUCUCACUCUGAGUAUUCCCCCAAAAUAUUCAAAUUUUAAGGAGUAUAUCAUAUUCCUUUUUUUCUUUCUACAUUGAAAGACCUUUGUACAAUAAAUGUAAUAUUCAAGAAAGGUCUCUUUAUGUUUUAAUUGAAAAAGUAGAGAAUAGUAUCGAAAGUACUUGUUAAUGAACUAUUUUAAUAAACUGUGUUAUUUUAUUUUCAUUUAUCAAUAUUUUCCUCUCAAAACUAUUUAAAACGCUUAAUAGCCUUUCCUUUCAUUUCUUACAGUGAAAUCUUCUUCAAACAGCAACCCUGAUGAUGGUAAAACUAUAGGAGCAGUUGUUGGUUCCAUUUGUGGUGUUAUUGUUGUUUUGCUGGUCAUCGGUGGUGUCUUCAUUUUGUGGAGGUAAGGCGGAUGAGCCAGAUAUUUUAUUUACAUUAAUCUUGUGUCUGGAAUAAGUUGGUUAUGAAUUUGAUUUUUUUUUUACAAUUUUGUAGUUUUUCGACAGAAGGUAAUAAAUAGCAGUUUAUGCUUAUAAUUUAGAACUCUGAGAAAUAAUGGCUGAUCACAGAAAAAAACAUCACAUCACAUUUUUUAUGAAAUAAAUCUCCAGUAUGAAUUUUAAAGUAAUUCAAUUGUUCAUACUUCUUGAAAAAUCAAACAUGCUACUUCAUAAUUAAAAGCUUUAUUAAUGUGUGUGCAACAUGCAGUUAUAUAUGAACGUAAUCAAGGCAUACAUGUAAUAGAAAUUUGAGUUGUUGGUUCGUUCAUCGAUAAUCAUCAUUUUAAACAUCGAAUUAGUGAUGGGCCUGACUCUGUCUGUGGGUGAGCAGAUUACUCAUCAGAUCGAUUAUGCCACGAAAUAUUUUUUUGUGCAGAAGGUGCUGGAGAUGCAUGGGACAGAAAUACCUCAGAUUUUUCUGGGUAGAAUUUUGGGAUCUGCAGCAGCUCUUCUGUUCGCCUCAUGUCGCAAUGAGUCUGUGUGUAGGGAGGAACGCCAAGAGAUAAGAUAACUUUUCCCAAGUGUCCGGGUCAAUGUGAAACAAUUUCAAGGAUGCUUUCACUGUGAAGUUCCGGUUUUGUAUUUUUUUUUGGACCCACAGCGAGUCGCUUGCCAAGCAUGAGUUCGUCAUAAAAUAUUAUUUUUGGUCGUUUGAAAUUCUCGGAACAUGUCCAUUAUACAUUAAUAAGGCGUAUAUUCUUGUGAGGCCUUCCUUGGCAAGUAUCUAGUUGUCUGGGACCGUGUCCUGUAAUUCAAUGUUGAGUAUUAUUAUUCGGAGGUUCAUUGUAUGAACAUGGUUCAGUUUCUUAGCAUGUCGUUGAUAGACUUCUCAUAUUUCACCUGCAUAUUUUAACAUUUGGAGAACUGAUGCCUUGUAAUGUUUUAAUAUUAAGAUUGUUUAAAUUUAACUUGGGUGCUGAUGCCUGCCCUAGACUUUCUUUUUUUUUAAAAUUCCGAAUGUUUUCAGCCUCUUUCAAUUAAUUCAAAUGUUCACCUCAUCAUCAAUGGGAAAUUGUGCUGCCAAGGUGAGAGAAGCAGUGAGAGAAAUUUAAAGCCUUUUGCCAUUGAUUGGAAGUUAACCCCGAUAUCAUAUUUUCGAGGAGAUGGUUGAAUGCAGGACAUCAGUCUUUUUUCUGUUAAUGUUAAGACCCACGCUUGUGCAGGCAUUCGAGAAUCUCGCAACAGUGCGUUUCACAUCGAGCUCUGAUUCAGCGUUUAAGGCAUGGACAUUUGUAUACAGAAAAGCUUCUAAUAAUGUCAGCCCGUACCUUGGAUUUAGUGUGUAGUCUCCUGAGAUUAAGUAUUUUACAAUACUUCGUUAUCUGAUGUCCCUCUUAAAGCAUCAGUCAGCAUGGAGUAGACCAUGAUGCUGGAUGGUGUUUGUACCAGAACGCGCGCUUGUUUAACACCAUUAUUCACAGGAAGUGGUUGAGAAAUCUCUCCAAUUUCUCCAAACACUUUCUUGCAUACCCUCAUUUGCCCAUGAUCUCUCAAACACUUCUUUGAUGACAGUUUCUAAAACCUUAGUUAGGUCUACUUAGGCGGAGAAGAAGUCAUCGUUGUGUUUCCUGACACUUUCAUGUAGCUAUUUGGUAGCAAACACCAUAUGCAAAAGAAUUGCCUUUCUGCAAAUAGAUUCUUCUUAAGAUGAACAAUUAGAAGGUUUAGAAGGAUUUUAGCAAGACUCUCGCCUUCAAAUGAGAUUGAAGAUAGACCGUUUAUGUCAUUCAUUCAUUCUCUCUCUCUCUCUAUCUAUCUCUCUCUGUCUCACUCUCUCUCCCUAAUAAUACCACUGUUACUUUUCCGCCCUACAAUUUUUUCAUCGUACUUUUUAACAUAUCUUAAGCCUUUCAAAACAUGCCUUGAACUUAAACAUAGUGUUAAUAUGUUUUAUAAAGAAUAUAAAUUUCAUAAGCUUUGUAGGAAGCGUGUUAACAGAUCGAAUUUCACCAUCAGACAAUUGUAUACGAAUAAAUAUAAGGCUUUGUAUGAAAUAAUGGCUUCGGGUACCGUACACUACAAUACAAAUAUGUUGCAUUUUAAUCAGGAUAAUACAUUAAUAAUAGCAAGAUUAAAAUAGCUAACAGGCUAAGAUCAUCAAUGUUAUAAAAAAAUUGAUUGUACUACACUUUUUAUUUGUGUUAUAUGAUAGCAAACUUUGAGAUUAUAUUAAAAUCUAAGCUGCAAGAAAGCAAGCGUACAUUGUUUAUACGUUAUAAAUAUUACCACAGUUAACAAAUGACUUAAUUCAUGUGAAUAUUGGUGAUACUUUAUACCUUAAACUUGAAAGUCUAUCAAACUUUCAUUUUGACCAAUGAUUUUUGUACGUCUUGUUUGCUGGUAAGAUAGUCAGAGCUCUAAUGUGAAGAAGCAUUAAAAUGCGUAUGAAAUUGUAAACCAUUUUAGCAAUUGUAAGAAAGGAUAAUAUGUUAUACUUCUUCCUUUGGGGAUAUCUGACAGACGAAAUAGGAGAUCUGACAAAUUGCCACCAGGAGAGAACACUUCAAGUAUGGAAAAUUUGGCUGAAGCUGAUUCUCUGAGUAAUGUGACGUCUACUUCUAAGCAAGAACAAAUCAAAAGUAAACAUACAGGUAUGUGAUAAAGUUUGCUACACCAUUUUAGAACAUCUCUACGUUGAUCUACAGAGUUUCAAAUUCAAUUAUGACAUUUUUUAAAUAUGUAAGGGAAUGAUAAUCUUUUCUCGCGAAAAAAUCAAAACCAGACUUAGCUUAAAUGCAUGUAUCUGUUUGUAUGAAUAAAACGAAUUUCUGAUUUAUUUGCCAGUCGGACCAAGUAAACUGAAAAAAUCUUUUGUUAUAUUAAGGUGGUUAUUAACUUGUAGAGUUUCUUUUUCUUUAAUAUUUGCAGGGAGUCUUCUAUGUCUUCCUUGCCUUAAUAGUGACAUUUUAAGUGCAUGAACCCUGACAAAGGCAGUACAUAGAUUUUAAAGAUUGUUAACACAACUACUUUCUUUUUAAUUAACUUCAAAUGUCUAAUAAUGCAUCGUUAUCUUUCAGCCAUUUAUUGGCAUAAAUCGGCAUAGCCCAAUGGUUUUUAAACCUGUGUGAACAUCUCGUAUAUAUCGUCAUUCCAAACAUACUAAGAAGCUAACUAGUACGAUACUAUCCAAUUAGUUUAUUUUAGCUUAUUUGCUUUACAUGAAGGAGCUUACUUCAAAGAUAAUCUUAAAUAGAAGUGUACUUAUCUUUUAAGACUUUCUUCCAAGUGCAUAUUACUUUUUUAAAUUGACAAAGCAAUCAGCCUAAUGCAGCACAAUACGAGAAAAUACUAAUUCGAUUGUAUUUUUACAGUGAAACCUACCAUUCCUCAAAAACCUAAGCCAUCAAGCAUUAAAGACGAAGCAACUUGUGAAGAAAAGGGCAAUGGAUAUUAUAACACGGUGACUCUACAGCCUAUCACGGCUUCAACUGUUAUCACAUUGUCUAAUCUUCACAGUUACCUUCUAACUCAUAGUAAAGAGUAUCUCCAUGAACAGUUUAAAGUAAGAAGUACAAAGUGUAACUGUUAUGAUUAUUUUAAAAAAUUUUUUUCGGGCAAUUCGUUGUAAAUCAAACUUUAUUUUUGUUGCCAAGUUUCUCCUUUUCAUUGUUUAAAAAACAAGAAGCAGUAAUUUCAUGCAGUUGCAUUAUAUUUCUAUUCAUUUUUUUUACUUUUAUCCAUUAUUUAUUCAUUAUUUUAUUAUUUACUAUAACGUAUAUAAAAUGCACGCAUUUUUCUUGAACCUCUUCUUAGGUCAUUCGUAUUUUUUACAUAUGUUUUACUGUUCAAAGACUUCCAGACUAAAGAUUUUUUUUAUGCUAUAGUUUAAGAAGAAGGCAAGAUUCCAAAACUACAUUUUAAAAAAAAAUACAUUUUGUUAAUUUUAAUAGAAAUUCUCUGUAGUUUAGUCUUGUGGAAAUAAAUAAAUCUUUGGUUCACCACAACAAUGAUAAAUAAAAUUUCUUUACAUCAGAAUUUCAAUUUUAUUACUGACUCUUAACGUUAAAUUUAUGUAUGUAUAACAAUGGUCAUAAAAAGCCAAGCUUUGUCUAAAAUGAAUGGUUUCGGGCCCCAGUUACAAAUUGAUGCAACAAUCCAAUGUUUCAUGGUGUCCCCUACCUUGUUUCACAUAUCACCUACCACCUAGCCCGAUCUCCCCUUAAAAUUUUUUAAAAGUUAAUAUUGUUAAAUAGUGUGCAUUUUUCAAGAAUUGACAACCAAAACAGCUUGUUUGCAUGUUUACUAAAGUAGCGCUUAGCAGAUCGUUUGCAGUUCAUUAUUAAAUAACUUUUACAGAGUUUACCAGUCAACACAGAGGCUACAAUGACGGUGGGUCUGAGUGCUGAAAAUAAAUACAAGAAUCGAUACAAGAAUAUUUGUCCAUGUAUGAUUUGAUUUUUUAAAUUUUAUGGACGUUAAUUUCAAUACUUUUAAAGGAAAAUGAGUCAAUGUCAUGUAUUAUAUCCAUCAGUUUUAAUAGUAGUCUUCUGUUGCAUGUAAACUUUCAAGCAAAAGCUUUGAUUGUAUUGAAGAUAUUGCACGGAUUUUAACACAGUUGCUCAAAAUAAAGUAUUUAAUUAAUAAAGCUUUUUUUUACAAUGAAAAUAGCCCGUAACAUAGUAGAGUGCUUUAUUAUGCGUUAUCAAUUUUAUAAUUAAAAUAACAAAUAUAUCUAAAAUACAUACAAACUCUACAUUGUAUAACUAUUUUCAAACAAAAUAUGACAUGUUUAAAGCAACUUUUACUAUAAUGUUUUAUUAAAAUCAAAAUAAAAAAUAAACAUAUGUUAAGUAAAAUAUAUCAUCAUUGUAUUUUAAACACAGAUGACCAUGCAAGGGUCCACUUGGAGGCUGACACAACAAAAAUGCACGGAGAUUACAUUAAUGCGUCAUACUCAAAAGUAAAUAAUAAAUAAUCUGUUGGGUUUUUUUUUUUUAUAAAUUGUAUAGUAAAGUAAUCCGCACCACGACAAGUCCAUCAACAACUGAUUAUUUUUAAAAGGCAAUAAUUCGCACUGAAAUGCUUAGAAAAGCACAAAAUUAAUUAAUUUUACGAAAGUUACAGCCCUAUAUGGAUAAGAUUUUCAUGAACUAGCUUCAUCGUUUAUAAUUAGUUUCCAUUGUCAUUUCUCCACUCACGUUUUCUUUUAAAAUGUACUUGACUUAAACGAAGGCUUAAUUUAUGGCUGUUAGAUCGUGAAUUUGAGAUGAUUCACAAAACAAAAUAAUCGAUCCAUAUGACCUCAUGCAAGAGAUGGUUGGGUCAACAUUGACAUGUCAUCAUAAAUAAAAGAUCAAAGUCCUGUCAACUGGGCAUUCAGUGAAGUUCCUUUCUUGUAAUUUAGCUUCGAAAAUUGAACGCAGUGUAGAUGAUUUCAAAUAUGGAAUAUAGAGAAAUGAAUAUCUCUUAUCUUUUUGCUUUUGUUUUCUAGCAAAGACUGAUAUAUUUUCGUUAAUUUAUAUUUCUCUUUCUGACAGCGCUAAGUUGUCACCAAGAAUUUUGCUACUGUAUUAUUUGAAAUAGUUUUGGAAUUGUAUUAUUUGAUUAAUGUUUAGAUUCAUUAUUCUCCAAGCACUGCUUAAGUAGUGUGCUCCUUUUAUUUAAUACAAGACAAAAACUUAUCUUUUGAUAUUAUUAGACAUACUGCUUAUUUCCCAGGUUUUCAUCCAGUAGUGUAAUUUGUCUUUGUAGAGUUUAAGUUCAAUUAAAAUAGAUUUUUCAUUCUGAAAGUCUCUAGUACCAUCUAACUCUCCCUGUAAAAGUUAAGAUUCUAUUUAAGUUAGCAAUCAUAAACCCUUUCUUCUUCUUAGAGUUUAAAUAAAACUGUUGUGUUGUGAACGCUGACACAACUAUUGACCACAGCAUGAUGUAAUCUCUAAUAGUAACUAAUUUUUUGACUACUUUAACUAUAAAAAAGUGCCACUUUAUCAAUUCAGAUUAUUUUAAAUCAUUAAAGAUAUCAAAAUUAUGUAAACUUCUUUUUGCUAAAUUAACGUUGGUUAUUUUGCAGGGAUAUAAUGAUGAGGAAAAGUUUAUCGCAUCUCAAGGUAAGUAAAGAAUACAGGCCUACCAGUUAACUUUGGCCACCCUCAUCAUAAAACACCUACAUAUCUUUCAUAGAGAUUAAUUUAUGAAACCAACAAUAUAAUUAAAAAUGCAGCAUUACUUUGGAUUUAAUAGUAAAAACACUGUUUUAAUCUCAUCUCAAAAGGACCAAACAAGAUUAUAUUAAAUGACUUUGUUCGAAUGUUAUCGGAACAAAAAGUUGAAAAAGUUGUCAUGUUGACUAAUCUUACGGAAGAAGGAAAGGUGAGUUUCUUUUUUAAAAAUGUCAUUUCUUAUUUAUAAAAAUGCCAUUAAAUCGCUAAGGUCAUAGAAAAUUCUUUAACUAUAAAAUAUAUGAUGGAAAUCGAGAAAAAGUGAGCCAGAGUAAAGUGGGACAUGUUUCAGGAGAGGCUUAAAAAUUCCAGGAAAGUAUAUUCGAAAUGAAUGUGUUACACAGUUUGUAAUUUACACAGUAGAAAGAAACAAAAUAUUGCUGUUUCAGCGCCAGAACAACACCACGUGACUAUGACUUUUGCAGAGGGUUUAUGAGUUGAAUUCUUACAUGAUUUCGGUGUAAGUCAACGGAUUUCAAAAAGGGGAGCUUACAUGGUGUAAGCUUUACUAGGGGGACUUUGUAACAAACCGCUUGUUGACCAUAUUGAGAGCCAACAGAACGUCAUACGAUAUGACCGUUCAAAUAGAAAUUAUUAUAUUAUCUUAUAAGAGUAAACGUUGUGUUAACUCGAAAAAAUAAACUAUAGAUAGGACCGAAUAUAUUAUAGUAAAUGUAACAUUUGCGUACUAAUAACGUUGUUACUUGUAAUUAUGGCUGUCGUUUAAUUUUAUGUAAUAUCUAAUUAUCUAAUAAUCCACAUUCACAAACGUCCAUGAUUACUUAAAAGUACGAUGCUAGAACUUCAUGAAUUUCGAAUCACACAAAUUUAUUAACUGAAUAUAUAUACACACAGCUUGAAAUAAUAUCUCUAGGAAAUAAAGCAAACGUAUUUGUCAUCUAACUUCCUCCACUCAGAUCUGUUUAGUCAACAUGAAGAUUUUUUUGAUAGACAAGAGCCUAUAAUGAAAAUACACAGACUGCCAUUUUAAAAGUCGUUCACUUGCUUCUCUGCGCAUGACAUACACUAACUAAUUAACUUCCUUUUCAUACUAACUUACCAAAACAAUACUUUAUCCGAAACAAAACUAGUAUCUCAAUAUUUGAUCUAUGACAAUAAAUAACGUAUUUAACAUUACAAGGACUACCAGCGGGCGCCCCCCCCCCCCCCAAACUUUUCAUAAGUCCUUGGGUGAUCAGUCUGUAAGUCAAUAACAAAUUCACUUUUUUUUAAAAACGUGCUCACAUGAACAUUGUCAUUCAAAAUAAUGUAUCCUUUUUGUACUUAAAUAUAAUUUUUGUAAUGUUUUACAAUCUUUCAAUAGCCUAAUGAAUGCCUCUUAACUUUAUUUAACCAGUCCAAGUGUGACCCAUACUGGCCAGAUGAAGGUGAGACGACAUUUGGAGAAAUACGUGUCAGACUGGCUGCUACACAAGUCUUUGCAGAUUAUACUAUAAGGCGUCUUCAACUUUACGUUGUACGUACACGUUUUAUGUUUCCAUUAUUUAUUUUAGUUGGCUCUUCGCAAAUUACCAAUGAUGUUCACCGUCACACAUCGUUAAUCUUGAUUUGAUUGAAUAAAAUAAUAAUUUUAAAUUCAUGUUUUUAAAAAUUAUUUCAAUGAAUAAGCAGAUUUUGUUUUAAAAAGACAAGUUAUAAAUUUCAUUUUUUAUAUGGUUGUGUUUUCAAAUCCAAUUUAGGCAUUUAUCUACUACAGACUACAUACGAUUUCCUACUUUAUUAAUGAUUUUAUGUUAUAACCUGCAAAAAAAAGAUAAUUAAAACAAUACCACUAUAUCUAGUGAUAACUAUUGGAGUAGUCAGUGUAAUGUAACAAUUUUUUGUUUUCAAAAUAUACAUAAACAUGAUAUAAAACUAAAAUAACAAAUCAAUUCACCAAUCCAGGACUCCCAACCCAUGCACCCAGUGACCCAGUUUCACUUCACAUCCUGGCCAGACAAGGGUGUACCAGAAAACCCCUGGGCUCUAGUGGACUUUGAACAAAGAGUUGCAUUUACUCCAACUAAAAGGCCCAUUGUUGUUCACUGCAGGUAGUUUAAUAUAAAUUAUUCCUAUUAAUAUACCGAUACAUAUAUAACAUUUUCGGAGCCAUACAUUUUUGUAAGUACUAAUACCUAAACGAAUGAAAGAAUAUUGGAUAAAACAAUGUUGCUCUUCUUAUAGUUUAUUUAUCUAAAGAUUUAAAGUAAAAACUCUAUUUAAUUUUAAUAUCAAUAAGACAGAAUAUUUAAAUUGUGAAGCAUUCUUCUUUCUUUCAGAUAUGUUGCUAUGUUCACGAAGGAAUUGCAUUUUGUUGAUUUAAAAUAAAUAUAAUUGUUGUUACUAAUAAAAAGGGAUUAACCUUGCUAACCAUUUGUCACGUGACAUUUUGCAGUAACUUAAGUACACGCGUGUUAUGAUGGAGCCCAUCAUUUAGUGCUAUUUAAAAAUAAGUUUUGUCUGAAUUCACUUGAUUCAAACAAUUGUUUCUAGAAAUAUUUUCAAACAUAAAUGGCAUGCUAUUUUUAUACAGCAAUUUCUGAUUAUUUCAGUGCUGGUGUUGGGCGUACAGGAACAUUCAUAGCUCUACGUAACGUAAUGAGAGAAGCUGAGGAUACACAACAGAUGGAUUUUUUCACUACUGUGGCCAAACUCAGGCAGGACAGGACCAUGAUGAUACAGACAGCUGUGAGUUACCUUAAUGUAUCGUUGUUGCAUUACACAUACGAUCAUGUGCAUCCAUUUCUGCUUCCUGGAUCAAUUAUAUUGUUCUUUUUAUUAUAAACCUAAUACUUUUUUUAUCAUCAAUAAUUUAAAUUAAGUAUCACAUUAACUUUUUUUUUUAAAAUACUGCAAAUUAAAUAUUCGGACAAUUAAAAAAACUUGAAAUUAAAUAAUAUGCCUAAUAAUUAAAUAUUGUCUUACUAAUGUGGUCCCUAAAUAUUGUCUUACUAAUGUGGUCCCUAAAUAUUGUCAUUCUAAUGUGGUCCCUAGGGAGUUAUCUUACCACUGUGAUUCUUGCUUAGAGAGCCCCUAUCAUUUUAAAACUAAGGGGAAAUACUCUUAAUGUAAUGUUCCUUACGUAGUUCAGCAAUGACAAUUAAAUUGUCACGAUUGAAUCCCUUGAACCGCUACUCUGUAUUUAAAAGUUGGAGGCAGCAGAGGCAGAAAGAAAAUCUGAAAAAUGUAACAAAAUGACAAGAAACAAAAAAAAAAAAAAUAAUAAAAAAUAAAUAAAUACUAUUUUGAACACAUUUCAUUCAAUAAUUCAUUUUUUCUUUAAUUUUUUAAUUUUUUUUAUAACAUUUUUUUUUUUUUUUUUUUUAUUUUUUUUUUUUUUUUUUUUUUUUUACGUAGUUCAGCAAUGACAAUUAAAUUGUCACGAUUGAAUCCCUUGAACCGCUACUCUGUAUUUAAAAGUUGGAGGCAGCAGAGGCAGAAAGAAAAUCUGAAAAAUGUAAAAAAAUGACAAGAAACAAAAAAAAAAAAAAAUAAUAAAAAAUAAAUAAAUACUAUUUUGAACACAUUUCAUUCAAGAAUGCAUCUUUUCUUUAAUUUUUUAAUUUUUUUUAUAACAUUGCUAUUGCAUUUGUGUACAGAGCUUCGUUAUAUUUAUUUGUUUAAAAUAAUGACCCGUCAAGUGUUUUGAAGCUAAUAUUUUAUUACUUUGUUUUAUUAUCAUUUGUUUAUUUAUUUUUUUUUUUCAAAUUUAAAUGAAGUUAUUCAAAAAAAGCAUCGGUGAAUCCACUUGUUUUCUUCAAUUUAACCUUUGGCACUCUAUCAGACUAUAGACAUAUACAUUACUUAAAUGUUUUUUUUUUGUUUGUACUGAUGAAGUCAUGUGCCGAAACGUUUACUUGUGUAUAAUGUACAAUUAUUAUUAAAGUGUUACUUAUAUUGUUGUAUUGACACAAUUUGUUCGUGUCUUAUUAAUACAUACACUACUGUUCUUAAAUAAAUAUGUUUCAAUUAACACAUCUACUGUCUGUUUGCGGAGAAAUUUAAACACACAUAAAUUCGACAUACAUUGCAAUUAUAUCGGCAGUCACAGAUCUGAACACUUACUCUUAGCCCACCGAGAAUGCCUUUAUUGAACAAAAAUGGUCAUAAUCAUAAUACAUUACAAUACUACAAUCAAAAGAGAUUUGUAUGUAUUUAGCAGUAAAGGAUUAGGAUAAGUUUAGCGCUCCCUUUAACCCCCCCCCCCCUUACCCCCCCCCCCCCCCCCCCCCCCCCCCCGCACAGGAAGGCGCAUUAUUAGUUUGUAAUAAAUUGAUGAAAGUCAUAAAAAUGGGGAAAGGCGGUAGAAAUGAGAAUGAUUUUGAGUGUUGUAAAAUUAAUGUUUUUUUCAAAAUUUAAAUUUAUAUUGUACGAAUUUUAUGUUCAAUUUAAUUUUGUACGGUUCUGAUGAAAGUUGUGGAUUGGAGUUAAAUCCAAAGUGAAUAUCAGACAAGAAAACGCAACAUCAGCAUACCGUGUGGGCGGAAUUCUUCAACUUUGAACGGUAACUUAUCAAAGAGAAUCAAAUCUCUUUAUUAAAACCCGGAUAUGGAGUCCUGUGUGCAGCAUGACAGUGACUUAAUGGUAAUUCCUAAAACUUCUGGUAACAAGCUGUAUGAUCCACUUGAUGUUCCCAUAUGUAUACCAGAUGUGUGAAGAGACUGACUAAGGAAUCAACUUAUUUUCUUUGAAAAUCUCAAGUCUAGUGAUUUUAUCCUGCGCAAUCCCCCCCAGACAGACGAUUGCCCCCAUAUUACCACCCCCCCCCCCUAAGUUUAAUUUUUUUUUUUUUUAGCAAUUGUCAACGUAAUGGAGAUCUUAAUUAAUCCUUUAAUACGGCAUACAAAUGCAUAAUAUUUUCUAAGCAUAAUUAUUAAUCAACAUUUUACACUCACAUAUUUAAAAUAAAUGUUUUUUUAUGGAUAUGCUUUUAUUUUUAGGAACAAUAUGCCUUCUUGCACGAGGCGGCCAAGGUUGCCAUGACCUGUAUAAAUACAACUGUAACAUCCAAUAAUAUUGCAGACAGGGUUCAAAUGUUACAAAGGAGAUCUGUGUCUGGAAAAACUGAAAUGGAAAUAGAAUUUGAAGUAAGUUGAUCAUGGAUUACUCAUUUGAUGUCGAAUUUCAGUUUCAGCGACCCAUUAUGAUGUAAAUAAAGUUUGUUCAUUGCUUAGCACUGGGUCUUUUAUCGUUUAGUUUGAUUUUUACAUAUUUUCAUCAUGCAUUAUGAUCAAGCCUAUUUUGAAAUUGUAAAAAAAUUUUAAAUAUGUUAAAAAUAAGUGCAAUAUAUUUUGAAUGUUUUUACAAGACUUGCGGCUAUACCCACACGGAAAGGCUAAGGGAGUAAACCCCGACAGAAAAUCAGGAAGUGGAGCUCCUAAGACGGUCUGUUUUUGAAACCAAUUGCAUUCCAGCAGCUCCUACGACGCCAAUGGUGCCAAGCCGUAUCGACACUAGUUGAUCCCUUGGGUCCACCACUGGCGUGGAGAGGGGUGUUCUGCUGUCUGGGCAGCAGCUGAUCCUCCAUACUUCGCCCAGGCUUUAUCUUCACUGGAGAGGACUCUCCAACAUCGCCAAAUGGUGUGAACACAACACGGGAGGCAGAAGUUACUGGUUUUAAGCCAUAGCUCAAUUGGCGUAGAGCUAGGCGCCAGGGGUUGCUUCUGACGAUGGAAGAGAUCGCCAUGUCUCACUGGGUGCGUGGAGCUCAGAGGAACAUCUCAACAAGUAGGCCACAAAAACAUGCACCUAGAAGUAAGAAAACAAAAUAAAAGAAGACCCCAGCUUUUCGAUUAGCAAGCUGGAAGUGAGGACAAUGUGCCAGCGCAUUACUGCCGACCUGCAGCUCAUAAAAGAUGCAAGGAAGACAGCUAUCAUUGAUAGAGAGCUUAGCAGGCUAAACAUUGAUAUUUCCUGUCUCCAGGAAACUAGGCUCCCCGAAUUGGGUACCAUAAGAGAACACAACUACACGUUCUUCUGGCAGGGUGGACCGAUGGACGCACCAAGACAACAUGGGAUUGGUUUUGCUAUAAAAAAUACACUCUGUUCCUCCAUAGAAACACCGACACAUGGCACAAAUAGAAUACUAACUAUCCGACUAUCAAAAUCUUUAGGUUUAGUAAACAUCCUCAGUGCUUAUGCCCCAACCCUUUCCUUCAGCUCAGAAGCCAAACACCAGUUCUACGAAGAUCUUAAUCAAACAAUAGCCAGCAUACCCAACAACGAAGCAAUUUACCUUUUGGGUGAAUUCAAUGCAAGAGUAGGAAGCGAUCACAUGACCUGGCCAACAAUCCUUAAUCAUUUCGGAAGAGGCAGACUGAAUGAAAAUGGGCAGAGACUAUUGGAACUGUGCUGCCUACAUGAACUAUGUGUAACUAACACCUACUUCAACUGUAAGGCUAUCCACCAAGUGUCAUGGAGGCAUCCCCGCUCUAAACACUGGCACAUGUUAGAUCUCAUAAUCACAAGACGCCCAUAGCUGGCUUGUGUCCUCCUCACAUGCAUCUACCACAACGCAGACUGCGACACUGAUCAUUCCUUCGUGGCUAGCAAGAUAAGGCUACAGCCAAAGAAACUAUCACACCAAAAACAAGAGUAAACCACGCAAAAACAUCUGCUCCACCAAAAACCCAGAGAGAACAGAAUUAUACAUCCAUAGUCUACAAGAAGCUCUUGUACAAACGCCACCAAUGGACACUAUUGAGUCCAAAUGGUCACAUUUGCGGGACACUAUCUAUAACUCGGCUAUCACGGCAUUUGGAAAGAGAGAACUGAAAAGUGCAGAUUGGUUCAAAGCCUAUUGGCAGGAAAUGAAAUAUGUUACCGAUGCAAAAAGAAAGGCCCUCUUAGCUUAUAAAGACUGAGCUUGCCCAGCAACUCCACAAUCGCUUAAAAGUGCCAAGACAAAUGCCCAGCAGGCAGCUCGUCACAACGCUAACACAUACUGGAUCAAUCUAAGCUCCAGCAUACAAUCAGCUGCUGAUAGAGGUGAUGCAAAGUAAAUGUACGAGAAUAUAAAGCAAGCAACAGGCCCUCUGAUCUCCAAGACUGCGCCCUUAAUGUCCAAAUCAGGGGAAAUCAUUACUGAUAAUGAUAAAUAACUUAAGCGGUGGAUAGAGCACUACUUUGAAAUAUACGCAACGAUAAACCAAGUCUCAACCGCUGCCCUAGACGAUAUCCCAGACUUGUCGGUUAUGGAGGAGCUUGAUACCCUACCCACAAUAGAAGAGCUACGUAGAGCCAUCGAUUGUCUCGCCAGUGGGAAAGCCCCGGGCAAUGAUAGUAUCUCACCAGAAGCUCUCAAAUGUGGAAAAGAAGUACUAUUACGGCCCUUGCACGAUCUCCUUACUCUGUGCUGGGAACAGGGACAGCUACCACAAGAGUUAAAAGAUGCAAACAUCGUUACAUUGUACAAAAUAAAAGAAGACAAGAGUGACUGCAACAACUAUCGUGGAAUCUCCCUCCUCAGCAUAGUUGGAAAGGCUUUCGCCCGAGUUGCAUUAACACGCCUACAGGCCCUAGCAUCGCGUGUACCCCCAUAAUCGCAAUGUGGUUUUCGUGCCGGUAGGUCAACCAUAGACAUGAUAUUCUCUCUGCGCCAACUGCAGGAGAAAUGCAAGGAGCAACAUAUGCCUUUAUACAUUGUGUUUGUCGACCUCACUAAUGCUUUUGAUCUUGUCAGCAAAAGCGGCCUGUUUCAGAUCCUCAAAAAGAUAGGCUGCCCUACAAGACUGCUUAACAUCAUCAAGCAGUUCCACGAAAACAUGCAGGGCACAGUGUGCUAUAACGGUGCCGCCUCAGAAGCUUUUCCAGUGAGUAGUGGAGUAAAGCGAGGGGAUAUACAUCCACACAGGAGAUGACGGCAGAUUAUUCAACUUUGCCCGCCUUAGAGCUAAGACUAAAAUAAGAAAGGUCUUGCUGCGGAAGUUCUUGUUUGCGGACGAUGCCGCUUUGGUAUCUCACACAGCAGACGGCCUGCAGAGCCUCGUAUCCAGCCUAUCCGCUGCCUGCAAAGAGUUUGGUCUGCAAUUAGCCUUAAGAAAACUAACAUUAUGGCACAGGGCACUGACUCCCUCCCAACUAUCGACGACUACGACUUGGAUACUGUUGACAGAUUCACAUAUCUGGGAUCCUCAUAUCGAGGACCCUCUCAAUGGAGGAUGAGAUAAGUGGAAGGAUAGGGAAGUCCGCAACUGUUAUUGCCAGACUGAAGAAAAGAGUCUGGUGAAACGCCAAACUCACAACAAGAACUAAGCUGCAGGUGUAUCAGGCCUGCGUACUGAGCACACUCCUGUAUGGAUGCGAGUCGUGGACCACAUACUCUAAACAAGAAAGAAGGCUCAAUGGCUUCCACCUCAGAUGCCUGCAUCACAUCUUUGACAUUAAAUGGAAAGCAAAGUCCCCAACACUGAUGUCCUGUCCCAAACAAACUUGUGUAGCGUCCCAGCCAUGUUAAUCCAAAGACGCCUCCGUUGGCUUGGACACAUCAAGCGAAUGAAACCUGGUCGCAUACCAAAAGGCGUGCUAUACAGAGAGCUGGCGACAGGGAAAAGGUCAGUUGGACGGCCUCGUCUGAGAUACUUAGACAAAUGCAAAAGAGACAUGAAGUCGGCCAACAUCGAUAUCUCAAACUGGGAGGAGGUGGCAGAGGAUCGAUCCUCAUGGCGGGGCAUCGUGAAGGCAGGAUCACUACAUGCCGAGGAUCAAAACAGGGUGGAAAAAGCUGCAAAAAGAGCGAGGAGGAAGGCCGGUAAAUACUGCUCCACCGCAUUCGUGUGUGGGAAAUGUAACAGAGACUGCUAUUCGAGGAUUGGUCUCACCAGCCACACCAAGAGCUGCAAGAAAUAAAGAUAAUCUAUCGUCUCCCGCAGACGGAAAGAUGCCAUACAGAUAAGAUUCUUCAUACAUGCCAUUGUGUUUAAAAUACAUUGUGCAUCAUCCUUUCCCGUCCUCUAUUUUAAGACUUUAACCUGGAACAAUAGUUAAAACAUACUACGAUAUUUUAUAGUAUUAAGGAAUUGCAAAAAAACAAAAAAAAAACAGCUAUGAUAUGCCGUAAGACAUCCCUUUAAUAAUGACACUAAUAAAUAAAAGAGUGAAUAUAUAACUCGAUAUCACUCUAGCAAGCACGCUCGUAAACGUUCUUAAAGUUAUUAAAGAUAAAUAAUAAUAAUUAAAUAUAUAAUUUUCUAUAAUUUUUACUGGUUGCAUGAUGUAUAGGCUGUGUGCAGAGUGAGUGUAGAUGAUAGCCAAAUAACUGAUGAAGAAGGAUCAGCUGGCGUCAUGUACCAAAACAGUCGAACUGCUUCAAAUAAACUGAAAAACAGAUUUGGAAAUAUCCUGCCAAGUACGAUUAUAGUCUUAAUUAAAUAAUCCAAAAAGAACCACCAGCAAUGUUUAGAUGCGUGCAUCGCUCAAAAACAAUUUUUCAAUGUUGUGACAAGAUUUAACAAAAGCUGGAAAAGUAAAUCAAAUUUGUUUAAAAAUAUUGCAGCGAGUUCUUUUUUUUUUUAAUGUGUUUUAAUUUCGCAUAAUGUAUUUUCAAAUAGAGGAACUAUACAGACCUGUACUUAUGUGUGACUCCAAAGACAUGGGGGGCUACUUUAACGCUGUAUUAACACCGGUAAAUAAUACUUAUUUGUUCAAUGUUAUGUAAGUAGAUCAGAAAAUUACACAACAAACAUGUGCAUAAUAGUUAAACGAAUAUUCUCUUUUCGAUCUUUAUUUUGCCAUUAGCUUACUCGGUAGCUCUGACUGAAUUUCAUUUAUGCAUUAAUUUACUUCCAAAUUUAGCAUUAAAACAUAACAAUUUUGAUUCCCCGAAGCUCUGUGUAUAUAAAAAAUUACUUUUUCCAUGGCCUUUAUUGUACAUGUUUGAAUAAUAUUUCCUUUUUUUUUCAGAGUUUCAGAAAAAGGAAUCAAGAUAUCAUCACCCAACUUCCACUCCCAACAACAGUGGUGGACUUCUGGCGUCUCAUUACUCAAAUGAAAGUUUCCCUGGUUUUUGCAUUUGAGGAGCAUUUACAAGCCACGGAUUCAGUAAUUUGUUUCUUAAAAUACUAUUCAUUUAAUGUUCAUUGCGUAUACCCUUUGUCUUCAGUUUGUCUAAUGAUCUGUUUCAUUUCAAUUGUAGAUAUCCAUUAAAAGUUUAAUUGUAUGAUAUGAUGUCUUAUUCUACUAAAUUAUAGAAAUGUAACAAAUUCUGUCAAAUGUAUCAAUGAUACUCGUCUAGCAUUUUUUAUGACAAAAGUUCUUUAAGUGGUCUCAAAUAGGGCCUAUCACAAUAAGAUAUGAAUGCUGCUAAUUAUAUCCUGAUUUUUCUAUGGAAAUUCAGACAAUAGGUAAAUAUUUGCCAGCCAGUGAAACAGAAAAAUCCAGCUUCCCUCCGUUUCAAGUUAGUAUGGGAACAUGGCAUCAAGGAUCUCACUGGGAAGAGAGAAACUUAUUUGUAACCGGAACAAAUGUAAGUAAAAAGCAUUUUAAAAUAUAUAUCAAUGAUUCGUCCUGACAUAACUAUAUGUAAAGAUACCCUUUAUUAUAGAAGUGACACAACACAAACACCAGCAAGGUCACAAAUGUUGCAAACAACCGUGAAAAACAAAAACUGACCACCAGGGAAACUCGGAAUUAUUGCGUCUUUUUUAAAUUAUUAGACGUGUUAAUACAAAUUAUAAUUUUCAUUUUUUAAAAUGCGAUUUUGGCACCCUCCAUGUUCCACGUUCGCACAAUUUUGCACGGCCUUUGUUCUUGAUAUGUCGGGUGGCCGAGUGGUCUAACCUGUGUAAAGAGUACAGUGAAACACACAAAAUUCACUGAUGCAUCCUGGUCCAUUUGCAGUUGUCUUGUCUAAGUCUUGCCAUUGGAUCAUAUAGGCAAUGACGAUAGAGGAAGGCUGAAGAAUUGAGCAACUGUCCCUCACUUUAAUAAAAAUACAUCUCAAGUCAAGUUUACUAUUUAAUUUGAACAGUGCAGUGGUCAUCUUCGCGUGCGAAGGACGUGCACAAAAUAUAACCUUGGGUCAUGUCUACCAUUUUUAAAAAAUCGUAAGUUGAUAUGGAGGAUAGACAUCUUAUAAUAUAAAACAAGGUUUAAAGUUAUUUCACGCAAUUUCACAAAAUUAAUGUCUCUUUAUUUGAGAUUUCUCUAACUGAAAAUGUAUUUUAAGGAAGCAGCGGAACACAGCGUCGUUCACCUCAGAUAUACACAAAAUUCCACAGAUCCAAAGGAAUUGUUGGCAUUUCUCAAGCAUGCAAGAACAUAUAACCCUAAACAGGAUGCCAGAAUAUUGUACAUGUGCAGGUUGGUUUACUUAAGUUUUUCAUUUUGAAGAAAAACAAUGUCAUGAGUAACUUUAAAAAAAAAUUAUUUAUUAGACUUCAUUUCUUUAAAUUAAUGUACAAAUCCUAUUUGUAUCCACAUCUAGUCCUUUUCUAAUUAAAAUGAUGAUAUAAAUAGUUAAAUAUUUCUAUUUUACAGGAAUGGUGCAACAUUUAGUGGUUUGGCCUGUGUCUUGAACCUCCUACUUGACAGAAUGGACAAUGACCAGCGCUUAACUGUUCCACUUGUCGUUGGUGCUAUCAAGACCAUUCGUCCUGAGGUUAUCCCAACAGUGGUAAUUACUUAAAGAUCUCAGCAUAAAUAAUAUUUAAAGUUAAGACCAUUUAGAGUUAUCGAGGACUUGGUAAAUAUGUAAAAAAAGAAAUUUAAAAACUUAAUGAAAUAUUAAUUAAUUGAAAUUCCACCAAAGGCGAGUUUAAACACACUAAAAAGUAGGGAAAAAAAUGUAAAUUUCUUAAAUGCAUUAUGCAAAGUAAAACUGUGCAGAAGUGUAGAUGAGCACUCUAUGAACUCAAAGAAAGGCUGUGCAGAUGUGUAGAUGAGCGGUACUUAGAUGUUUGUUUUUAAUGUGUACCAACUGGUGUAGGGAAUAGGUAGGUAGCGCAAUAUUAGCAAAGUUCUGGAAGGUUUAAGAUAAUCUUUGGAAGUUUCUAGAAAGUUUGAGAUGAUCGUAUGAGUUCCUUGAACCAUCUGCUUAUGUCCACAUAAUUCUAUAAAUUGAUAAGCCUUUCUGAAAAUGUUCUCGAAUUCAAGUCAGUAAUGUUUAAGAACUUUAAAAAAUAUUUCUUGAAAUUUCGAUAUAUUUGUAUUAGUUUUUGUAAGAUAAAAAUAAUUUCAUUACGAAUAUAUUUAGGUGUAUGUAGUGGGAAUGACAUUAAUCAUCAUUUAGAGACGCAUACUAAAGAUAUUCUUUCAGGAAGUUGGAAAAAGCCUUAAAAAGAUCCUAUUUUUUAAUGGAAAUAUUUAUAUUAGUUUUUUAACAAUUACAUUUUUAACUUUCUGAGAGUUUCUCGAAAACUACAAAUUCAAAUAUAUGAAGGUUUUGAAUUUCUAUUUAUAGAAAAUAAUUGUAUGCAUUUAUAUGGCUAUAAAAAUGAUAAAGAUUUAUAGAUGAUUGUGAAAAUUUUAAUUUUCAUUUUAUUAUUUUUUAAAUUUUAAAUGUUCUCACUGAGAUUGAUUAUCGUUUAAUGAAAGUAUUCCAGAGAUGCAACAUUUUGCCAUGCUUUUAAAGGAAAAUUUCACAUUUUUAAUGACACUACUAAUUUUGUCUAAUAUUUUGUUUAAGGAUAUUUAGAAUUAGUUUUAUAUUUGUGUCAAUAUUCAUUAAAUUAUAGUCACGUUUUAUCAAAUCUUAACAAAUAGAAGAAUUACCUAUUAUUUAUUUCUGUUGUUUUUAUUUAAAAAAAUAUGGUUAUUUAAAAAAAUUGUGAAAGUUCUCAUAAUCUCACAGAGUUUCACUUUUCUUUGGCUACACAGGAGCAAUACAAAGUUCUUUACCAAGUUCUCCAUAGAUAUAACGAAACAAACAGCAUCUACUCCAACUUCAAUGAUGCCAAGCUCUCAGUCCGUUCAAAUGAUGACGGCAAAGACAAAUCAGGAAAUGUUGGGAAUGAAGGCACAGAAUACGCCAAUGCAAAGUUUUAAGUGAUGAAAGUAACAAAAGUUAAAUCAAUAUGUUGUAAAUAAAACAUAUCUCAAAGUAAUUCUCUGACUGAACAUUAAUGAUGGC